GAGCAGGAGAGAGUGCAGAAGAAGACCUUCAUGAACUGGAUCAACGCUCAUUUAGCUCGGCAUGUUCCACCGCUGAAGCUAAAUGAACUGAUCGAGGACUUGAAGGAUGGCACUGCGUUGUUGGCCCUGCUGGAGGUGUUGUCGGGAGAGAAGUUACCUAUAGAGAAAGGUCGAGUCCUCCGCCGCCCGCAUUUCCUUAGUAAUGCCAACACCGCGUUACAGUUUCUCCAGAGCAAGAGGAUCAAACUGGUCAACAUCAACCCGACGGACUUAGUGGAUGGUCGACCGUCCGUGGUGCUGGGGCUGAUAUGGACGAUCAUCCUAUACUUCCAGAUCGAGGAAAAUACCCGUCAGCUGGAGCGUCUGAGCCAGCUGAUGGAGCAGGAGGCAGGCACGAGAAGCGACUCCCCCUUCUCGGUGGCGUCGUCGACGGAGGGCUGCACGAUAUCCCGCGACCGUCCCCCCUCCGUCACUCGUCGCUCAGCCGCUGCAGAGAAGUGGAAGAUGGGCGCUAAGAAGGCCCUUCUCGAGUGGGUGCGUCAGACCGUCACCAAGAAGUUUGGUAUUGUUGUAAAUGAUUUUGGAACUAGUUGGCGAGACGGUAAUGCGUUUCUGGCCCUCAUACACUGCAUCAACCCGCGACUUGUUAACAUGCAGACUAUGACCCAGAUGACCAACAAAGCUCGCCUCGAGGCUGCCUUCCGCAUCGCCGACAAGGGUCUGGGCAUCCCCCAUCUAAUCGACUCUGAGGACGUGGAUGUGGACAAACCCGACGAGAAAUCCAUUAUGACCUACGUUGCAGCAUUCCUUAAUAAGUUCCCUGAGCCGGGCACCACCAUAGUUCCGCCAUGUACGAGUCCAACACUGGAAGCUGCAUCAUCAGGAGACAUGUUUAGUGAGAUAGAGAUGGAGUACACAGAACUGACCACGUGGCUCUCUCACACCUCUAACUGGCUCGACACGCUACAUGACCCCGCCACACACGGCAACAUCAACUACGAGAGAUUCAAAGCCCUCAAAUCCGAAGCAGAUGAAAAGACGGUGAUCUACGAGAAGCUGCACAGCUUGGUGGCGUCUCAGUCAUCCAUGAUAUCCAUCACGGCCGACUGCUGGGCUGACAUCACAGCCUCCUGGAACAAGGUGGCGGUUCAGAUGUCACACUGGACGUGGCUCUUGGAUGCCUCUCUCCCAGGUGCUCUCGGUCCUAUUGGUGAGUGGCUGAGCCGUGCUGAGUCCAUGCUGGGCACAGAGGACAAGCUCUAUGGAAAGAAUGAUGAGAUUGCCAACCUACUGAGUAAAAAGAUAGAAGAACACAAGACAUUCUUCGCUGAAUUACCGUCAAUUACCACCAAGUUCGAGUCCCUGAAGAGUACCUCAGAUGCAGCCACCAUCCCGCAGCAGCAGCUUGAGUACAUGGAGCUGAGACUGAAGACCAUCGCCCCUCGUGCCGCUCAGAGAAAGAUAAAACUCAAGUACCUGGAGCACAGACACUGCCUGGUAGCCUUCCUGAUCCUAGUGGAAGCAAAAUUGAAGACCUGGGCUGUGAAAUAUGGCAAAGAGCAAGAAGUUCAGCAGAUCCUCGCAGAGUAUCGAUCCUUUGUCGGAACUCGAAAUAUAUUCCAAGAAUUCGACCGAGCUUUCCAUGAAAUGCAGCAAGUGUCUGAAGCUUACAAGAAAGAUUCCAAUUUAAGUAAGGCCGAGAGUGAUGGCAUUGCCAAAUUCCUUCUGGAAAUGAAUGAGCGCUGGAAGAACGUGUCGGUGGAGCUGAGGUGUAUCCAGAGUCUCCUGGAGGAGGUCAUCACCUACUGGAAGAAGUUUAUUGAGCUCACACAGCAGUUUGAGUCGUGGUUGGACCGGGCCCUGGCCAUGGUCAGCCUGCCAGAGGAGGACAAGAUGGAUUAUUUCCAGGAUCUGGGAGAGUGGAAGGAGAGACACGGUGAGAUGAACGAGACCGGCAACUUCCUGGCCGCUACGUGCCGGCAAGAAGUAGCACAGGAGAUCCGGGAGAAGCUCAUCAACGUCAACACCAAAUGGGAUGAACUGUUCCAGUACGUGCAGCAGUACCUCCAUCGUGGCCAGAUAAUUCGAACCAAGAACGACUACCAGUCCGGACAGGACCGGCUAGAACUGUGGCUUGAGAAUGCUGAGGUCAUUCUCAAUUCCACAAACGUAUGCACUGUUGAGGCAGUGAAGUCGUACAGAGAGCAGCUUAAGAAACUGAACACUGAGAUUGAAGAAAUGGAGCUGCUCUUCAAAAAUAUAUCCAAGGACUUCCAGGCUCUUGUCCAAGACCUGACACCUGAUGAGAUAGAGAAGAUGAUGUGGUCUCUCAAGCAAGAAAAGGAAGAGCUUGUCAGGUAUCGAGCAGUCAUUCCCCAGAAGAUGUACAUCACAACUCAAAUAAUAACUCAGCUGGAGGCAGUAGACGGCGGCAUUGCUGAGAUAAGUCGGUGGCUGGAUGAAGCAGAGGCCCUCCUGGACUCCUUCACACUCCACAGCACAAAUGAACACAUGCAGGACCAACUUACCCGACACAAAAGUGAAGAUCCCGAGUCACCCUUUUCCUUCACCGGCAUCAAUGAGACGGCAAGGAACCAACUAGAGACGCACAGGGCCUUCUUCUCUCGUCAACUGUACUACAAAUCGAUGCUAGACACUAAAAACCGAGUGUAUCAGAGUCUUCUUCGGACAACAAACGGAGGAGAAAAUCUCAAUGUACAAGACCUUGAGGAAAAGAUAAAUAAACUGAAUGAGAGAUUCACUGAGUUGACCGCUACAUCAGUAACGUGGGAAACUCGCAUGAGUGAGAGCAUCCGCUGUUGGCAGAGCUUUAAGGAAUGUGAAUCAGAGGUCACUGAGUGGAUCACAAGUGCUGAGAAGUUAUUCCAGGAGAAGGCCAUCACAACCAAGAGCUAUCUGGAGACACACAAGGACUUUUUCAUCAAUGCCCCUGAGCACCUCCUCCUGAAGGUGAUCGCCACUGGACAGGACCUGCAAAAGUACGUUGCUGAGUCAGAGCAGGAGGCUAUCGACGUGGCCAUCAAAAGUAUACAGAAUCGAUGGGACGACGUCAUGUGUCAUGCGCCCCUUCACCUACUCAAGUUGGAGUUCCGACUAGAUGAAAACACCUUCCAAAUGUACGUCCGUGAUAUUGAGAAAGAACUGGCCGGCGAACAGAACGCAUACAAUAAAAGUGAAAACGUCGAGGCCAUUAGAAGAAAGCACGAGGAGUUCUUUGCUGAGGAGUUGGUGUCACGUAUAGAGGAAUUAUUAGACAACAUGGACGUAUCAAGUCACGAAUAUGUAAAUAAGAAGAAUGACAGAGGCCUUGUGGAGGACUGCCAGCGAUGCACGGGACAAUGGUUAGAGCUGCAGACUCGUAUUGGCACUAUGGCCUCUCAGCUGGACCAGAUCCCAGAACGUUGGAGGGAAUACGAGAGCAAAGUCGAAGAAACGGUUUUGUGGAUGGACGGCGUCAACGACUGUCUAAAGGAAGUCAACAGAGAGACGUCCAAAGCUGAGGACUAUGAGAAACUGAAGGACAAAUUUGUAGCCAUGUGUGGUGAUAUGGAGUCUCGUCGGGAGUCUAUGAAGUGGCUGGUUCAGAUGCUGGAUUCCUUAAUCACUCAUAUCCCGGAGGAAGACGGCCAGUAUGAACAGCAGAAAUUAGAGUCGCUUAUAGCUCGCUACAAGGCACUCGUCCCCACCAUUGAGUCGGCCCUAAUCCGUGCAGAAACCUACACCAAAUGUUACCACUAUCGUGAAGAUAUUGAUAAUGUUGUUGCAAUCCUGGAAGAUGUGAGAAAACAGAGUGAGAAAGAUACCCAGCCGGAGAACCUGGAGUCUGUCACACAGUUGAUUCAGCAACAGGAGGGAACAGUUCAACGGCUGGAAAACCAAAGGGAUAAUAUUUUUUCAACAAUACAGAGAGGUAAAGACCUUAUAAGGGACCAGAAUGCACCGCUCUUUGUCAGUGCGAUGUUACAGACGUUGGAGGCUAAGUGGAAUGAAGCUUAUAAUGGUUCUGUUGAUAAGCUCAACAAACUUAAGAAUACACAAAAAGUUUGGUCUGAUUACACUGACCAAAAAACUGAAAUUUUAAAACUGAUCGCUCAGGCUGAAACAGAACUCUCUAGCAUAAUUUUACAUGAUAAUCCCCAACAGGUAGCUAAUGAACUGAGUAACAAGCAGGAAAUGAAUGAACAUCUUAAUGAAACAACUGACCAGAUGCUUCGUAAACUGCACAACCAUUCAAGUAAUCUUGCUAAACUGGCCAAUCCAGAGAAAAAACCUUUACUUGAAAAGGAAGUUGUUGAAAUUGAACAGCGCAUGCAGAUGGUGAUUGACACAGUUUCUGAGAAGAUUGAAUUCUUGGAACAGUUAAAUGUGAAGUGGGUUCACUUUACCGGCACAUUACAAGAGUUAAAAUCAUGGUUGAAUAAUGCCCAGAAUGUGCUGGAGCGUCUCGUUACUCUGGAAAUGUCUCCUGAAGACCGAGACUCUCAGACAGAUGACCUCAAGGGUAAGAUUAAAGAAAAGAUGGCCAUAAUCAGCACCCUGGAGGAGGAAGCUGAAGAACUCUUAGAAGGAGAACCAUCAAAUGAUGCGCUACAGUUUAGUGCUGAACUCGGGGAGUUGAAACUAAACAUUGCCACUCUGGACAAGCACACAGAAAAGCAUUAUGAGACUGUCCGCAAUGAUCUGAAACAUUGGAAAGAGUAUCAGAAAGGAAUUUUAGAAAUCAAGCCUUGGUUAGAGGAAGCAGAAACAAAGGUUGCCCUUGGCAUGGGCAAACCAAAUUCAAUGCAGGAGGCUAUCCAGUCCUCAGAUACAGCCAAGGAAUUUGAGAAAGAAUGUGACGACUGUUUGGAGAAAUUGCGCAGUGUGUCAUCAAAGAGCGCCCAGGUAGCACGUAUAUGUUCAGUUGUGGAUGAGAUUGAUGCCCUCCACUCUCGCUGGACUGCACUUCAUGAUGUUGCCUUGCAGUGGAGUGAAAGGUCAGAAUCUCUUCUUGCAGAAUGGGAAGAUUUUAAUUAUAAAUGUGAUGCUGUAUCAUCCUGGGUGCAUCAGAUGGAAGAGCGACUAGAGAAGGUGAGUGAGUACGCUCCAACUGUGAUGCGUUUAGAGGAACGCGUUGCCAGCCUGAAGGACAUGGUCAAGGAAGUUGGUGAGAAGCAGACAGAUCUUAUAAAUCUCACAGCUGUUGGUGAUCAUAUUUCCUCUGGGAUGGGCACAGAAGGAAGUGCCACCGUCAAAUCCACUGUGAUGGACCUCAAGAACAUGAUAUCAAAGUUGAGUGAUGAAAUGCGUAAACUAAAAAAUGAAUUAUCAGAUAUCAUGGUCGUCCGUCAAGAAUUUAUUGCCAAAGUUGAAAAACUUGAGACGUGGUUGAAUGACUUCAGUAACAAUUUAGACGAGCUUGAGGAUAUUGACGUAGAUGAAUUAGACGGAUGUCCUGACCUUGUUCAUCGUCUGCAACAAGAACACGAUGAAAAACAGAACGAAGUGACAUCCCUCGCAGAGGAGUGCCGUGACGUGGGCGAUCGUUGUACAGGGCAAGAUCGUGAUGAUUUGUUCACUCAGUUUGAUGAUGCAGAAGCUCGAUUUGAAAAUUAUGGAGAAGUGAUAAUAUCUAAAAAACCAGCGAUCCUCAAGUGGCGAGACUUCUGGGAGUGGCAGGGUAACACAGAUGAUGCUCUGAGAGGGAUUAGUCAGCAGCUUGAUGCCAAACCCAAUAUUGAUGAUUUAUCUCAGAUGAGAAAGGAGUUGGUGAACCUCCAAGAACAAUGUCGCUCAUGGGAUGAUGAGUCUUCCUACAUCAUGGACCUCUGUAGAAAAAGUUCUAUGGCUAUCAGGGACCCAGAUACUGGAUCUGCAUUAGAUAUAGAAACAAAAGUUCAAGAAUUUAGGAAGAGGAUGGAUGUAUUGGAUAGCCAUCUUGACGGUCGACGGGAUCAGCUACAACAAGUUAAUAGCCAAUGGGAAGCAUUCCACCGAGUGAAGAACCAGUUGUCCGAGUUCCUGAAUGGGGUCACAAGGAGAGUUACUGACAAGGACCUGACACAAAGCACAUAUGGAGGAGUUCAGAAUUUACUGGAGGCUGUUGAAGCUGCCCUUCAAGAAAUGCAGUCACAGCUGAAACUGAAAGACAAAUUACACGACUUAGGACGUGAUUUAAUGUCUAGUGACUCAACUCAGUUAGUGUCUGUUCAGAAUGCUUUGACUGCAGCAGAUGGAAGCUGGGAUCGUGCUCAGAAUAUGUUGUAUGAAAUGCAGACCAAGUUCACUAGCAUCACUUCCCUCUGGAGACAGUGUACAGAUGGCCGAGAAUACUUACAAGCUGCAAUUGCAGAGUCUGAACGAAAUAUUGAGAAGUUAGAUUGUAAACCUUCAGAAGCCAGUGGUGUACAGACCAUGAUGAACCUCUGCAAGAAGACAACUGAUGCCUUGCGCCGAACAAGACCUCAGCUGGAGAAUUAUAUUUCCAAAUCACAACACCUGAGUCAACAGCUAGACAGCGAGAAAGGAUUCGACUCCAGCACUGUCCGUCAACAGUCACAAGAGACUCAGAGUAAGUGGCAGAGUAUGAUGGACCUUCUUAACCAACGCUCACAAAAUCUAGAAGGUCAGUUGGUCCUCUGGAAGCAAAUACUAAACGGACGUGAUGAAAUUCUCUCUUGGCUCAGUGACACCUGCGAAGCUCUAGAUGAAACACAGGUGGCACAUGAAAUGGAAGCAGCUGCUGAAAAGUUAGAAAAAUAUAAGAAUGAACAUUCAAACUACGAGAGCCAUUUCCGUAGCCUUCAGAGUCGCGCCAAGCAGCUAGAAUCACUAAAUUCUGGGACCUCUCUGGCUAGGAUUGAGGAAAUAAUUAGUACCAUUACGUCAGAAUUUGAACAAACAGAAUCAGCCGCCUCCAAACUUGGCACCUACCUGGAUGACAUGAAGGAGCAAGAGACGACUGUAUAUGAAGACAUAAAAGACAUCAAUGAAUCACUGACUCAGAUUCGCGACAGACUUAUGAAAUGUGAAGAUAUUACCGGGGAUGACAAGAAAAUUCUCGCACGCCUUGAAACUGCCAGGAAAAUCGAGGUCGAGUUGCAGCAGUAUAGCGAGAAGAUUAAAGAUGUGAAAACAGAGAUUGAGGAGUUGAAGGCAAGUUUCAGGGGUUUUGAGCCCAGUAAACUAGUGAAGGAAUUCACCGGACUACAGAAGAAAUAUGAGGGAAUAUUAGUACAGACAGCCAAGGCAUGCAAGAGUCUGUAUUACGUUAUUGAGAAACAUUAUCGCGAUCGACUCUCUGAUGUACAGAGGUUUGUGGCGGUUCAUCAAGAGAAGAUCACUUGGUGUCAGAAAGAACCAGGCAGUGAUAGAUAUGGCGUGGAGUCUAAGAUUGCUGCUCUCUCAGAUGUCAGAUCAAGUCUUAAGUUGGGACUUGUCAAGAGGCAAGAACUUGAAAAUUGUCAAGAAUUGUAUGAACGUAUAGUUAGCCCUGAAGAACGUGAAAACAUACAGGAAGAAUGUGAGUUAGAAAUCUCUGAAAUGGAUGAGUUGCAUACCAAUCUUAAUGAGUGUCAUGUUGCACUGUCUACCUCCUUGGCUCUUUGGCAGCAGUAUGAGUUGAUGACAGAAAACUUGAGCUCGUGGCUGCGUGAGGUUGAAGCUCGUAUCCGUACAGAGACCACAAACCAGAUUGACAUGACUAUGGUGCAGGAGAAGAUAGAGGAGAUCGAAACUCUCUUGGAGGAAGUUAACAGCAAUGAUGAUGAGGUGAACGAACUCAUGGAGAAGACAGAGGAACUCAUGGAGGUCAAUCCUGACACGAGAGCCAGAGAGUACGCGAACCAGAUAAAGACUCGAGUACAAGCUCUUGUCCAGUUCUGUAAUACAUUCCUUAACAAACUUAACCAGUUAACCAGAGACCAAAAGCUGUACAGUGAGACUAUUGUGAAAAUGGAAGACUGGCUUAAAGACGCAGAGGAAAAGCUUCAGACCUUUGAACAGAUGACCCGAAGUGGAGGAAAACCCACUUUAGCAUACCAGUCUAAAUUGCAUAACCUCAAAUCAUUUGUUGAGGAAAAGAAAAAUGGUCAGCAGCUUUUGAAUGCUGUGGUGGAGCAUGGCGAAUCCUUGUUUUCAGCCAUCACCCCUGAAGGCCGCGAGAAAAUUCGGUCGGACCUUCGCACCCUCCGAGACACUUGGGAAGCUCACCUGGACAAAGUCAAUCAAUUAUACAAGCGUGUUGAGGGCAUCAUUAUGCAGUGGUCAUCUUUUGAUGAUAACUUCAGUCAGGCUUCGAAGUGGCUAGAGGAAAUUCAGCGUCGAGCUGGAACAGAAUUUGACUUGAAGCCAACUUUAUCUGAUAAAAAGGCUCAGUUGCAACAGUACAAAGCUGUUUAUCAAGACAUUAACUCCCAUGAGAGUAUGAUCUAUGGCCUCAAGGAGAAGAUUGAGUUUUUAACCGAUGAUGAAACUUCAGAAACGGUUGAUGACAUGAUUAGUCAGUACCGAGAGUUGGUCUUGCAGACACAGCAGAGAAUUGGAUGUUGUGAGGAGUUCAUACAGCAGCACGAGGCAUACCUCCACAACACAGAGAAGUUCCGGGAUUGGUUGACCUCACAGAAGGCCGAGUUAGCAAUGUGUUCAGAUGUGUCACCGGAAAGCAGCGAUGUCCAAAUGAAAAUGAGCAUUCUCGACACUCUUGAAAUGAGCGAAGAAGAUGGGCAGGCACUUUUGGAUAUGUGUGAGGAGAGCUUAGAGCUAACUCUGAAAAAUAGUGAUUCAUCAGGGCACGCAUCUGUUAAAGCCGACCUUGACGCUCAGCAGAGAAGUUGGCGAGCACUGCAGUCAGAGAUUGCUGAGAGCAAGAGAAAAGUCCUUGGUAUCAUGUCACAGUACAAUGAGUGUGAGGAAGUAGUCCAGGCACUAAGAGACUGGCUGAAAUCUAUUGAAAUUAAAGUCAAAGAUCAGUCUCUUAAGAGCACCCUAGAUGCCAAGGAGAAUCAUCUUGACCGUCUCCGCCAGCUGGAGGAGGAGAUUGCCGAUAAAGCCCCAGAGAUCACCGAGGCCCUAACCCAGGCUCAGAGUAUGGACAAUGAAGGCAAGCACGCUGUCCAGAUUUCUCAGUUGUCCUCUCGUUACCAAGCUCUAAAGAAUGCGUUGAAGGAAAUGAUGAGUCGGUAUGAGCAGUUUAUCCGCGAACACCGCACCUUCUUAGAAAAGUACGAGGAAUGUACUGAGUGGGUUGAAGCAGUAGAUCAAGAUCUAAGAGAACACGCAGAGAUAGUCGGUGACAUGAAGAUCCUGCAAAUGAGACGUAAUAAAGUUGAACAGUUGAUUGAACUUAAGUCAAGCCAGGCCAACAAAGUCGAUGCCGUCCUUGAACUUGGCGAGCGGUUGUAUGCCCACACAGCACCAGAUGGUAGGGAGAAUAUUCGUCAAAGUCUGCGUGACCUACGGGAACGUUGGGAGGCUUGGUGUGAGUCGGUCACUAAUGCUGGAUUAACCCUUGACCAAUGCCUUCAACAGUUUUCAGACUUCUCUGGGGCACAAGAGCAGCUCACACGCUGGCUGCGAGAUGUAGAGCUGGCCAUGCAGCAACACACUGAACUGAAGAAUUCUUUGCAAGAGAAGACCGCACAGUUACAGAACCAUCGUCUCGUUCACCAAGAGAUUCAAGCUCACCAGAGUUUAGUAGAAAUGGUGUGUGAGAAAGCUCAGACCCUCGUCAACCAGACGCAGGACAAGACACUAAAUAUUUACAUCCAGUCCAUACAAACAUUGUUCCAUAACAUUGUACUAAAGAGCAGAGACCUGUUAGAUAAGUUAGACGUGUGUGUGCAGGACCACGCCCAGUUUAACUCACUGUGCAAGAGCUUUGGCGAUUGGCUCAACCUCCAGCGAGAUCAACUACACCUUUGUGCUGACGUGUCCGGCGAGAAGUCGGAUCUCACCAAGAAACUGGAAAACCUGAAGGAUCUAGACACUGUGCACGGUCUCGGAGAUAAGAAGUUGCUGGAGCUGCGGACACUGGGAGAGAAGGUUGCACUGAGCACCUCUGAGCGUGGUGGCAAGGCUCUGAGGGCCACUAUUACCUCCAUGGAAGAUGCCUGGAACCUCCAUAUUGCCACUGUUGGUGAUGUACGAGAAAAUUUGAAUGGGACGAUACAACAGUGGAGUCAGUUCGAAGAAGACCUGGAAAGUCAUUCAGCUUGGUGCCGAGAAUUAGAAUCCUUCUUCAAGGACCAACAGUUGUGUGCCACGCUCCAUGAGAAACAGACACGGAUUGAAGUCCUAACGCAGAAACGAGAGGAGGUGGUGCGUUAUGAACGAGAGAUUGACGUCUUUGUCGAUCAGGGUCACGCUCUGGUGCGAGUGUCUAGCAUAGACCGUCUCAAACCGCUCAUCACUCAGUUAAGUAACCGCUACCAGAGCCUCCACAUCCUCACAAAGGAGGCCGUCACAAAGUGGCGAGGAGUUCUGGCAGAUCACGAGACUUAUGAAGAAAAGUUUGAGGAGAACAACAAGUGGCUGAACACCAUGGAGCAGUCCCUUGAUGGCCUCCUGAGCGAAGCCAAUCCAGAGAGGAAGGAGAGUCUCCUCCAGUACCUGUUGAGUGAGCGGGAGCAGGCAACACACCGUCUGGGAACCAUCACAACCAUCGGUGAGAGACUGUACCCAGACACCGCUACUGUGGGCCGCGAGAAACUCCGCCAGGACUUGAGGGCUAUGCGUGAACACUGGGAGAAAUUAGAGGCCUCUAUCGUGGAGCAACAACAUAAGCAGGAAGCUCAAACUCUGCAGUGGUCCUCCUUCUCAGACAGUACCCAGGCUGCACGCAACUGGCUCGAUAACAUGGAGAAGACCAUCACUGUUGAUCCAUCCAAUUGGCUCUCACUACAGGAGCUACGAUCUAGGCUACUGAAGCUUAAGACAACACUGCAAGACAUCACAUCACACAAGAGGGUGCUGGAUGCUGUGAAGGAGCGAGCCGGCUACUUACUCCAGGCGUCACCGAGCAAUAAGGACGUGAUGUCAGCGAUGGAAGAAGUACAGUCCCGGCACGAAGCGCUCGCCACCAACACCAGGAAGAACAUCGAGGACCUGGAGUGGAUGAUGGACAACCUCAGCACCCACCAGGACCUCACCGCCUCUCAUGGUGAAUGGCAGAAGGACAUGUGGGAGAAAUUACACACAUACACAGACUAUUCUGGCAAUAAGUCUUUACUGCAGCAGCGACUGGACCACGUGUCUGAGCUUGAGGAUGCCAAGUGUGAUGGUCGGAACAUGAUUGCCCAAAUUAGCUCACACGCCCAUCAGGUGCUAGAGAAACUGCCGGCCCGAGCCAAAGAGACCAUGGAGCGAGAGAUCAACAAUAUGAAGUAUGAACUAGCUAAGUUUGCCAGCACCCUAGCUGAUGUUAAGCACGGCCUGGAGGAGCGUCUGCAGCAGUGGACGGAGUAUGAGGGUACCUUUGACAGGAUCAUCUCUUGGCUUAAUGAAUCUGAGGGAACACUCAAGAACUACGGCCCCAAGAACUCCCUCCAGGAGAAGACGGAACAGCUUGAACGCUUCCAGGAAUUCCUGCGUGUAGUAGAUAGCCGGCAUGUGCUCGUACAGGAAUUCAUUGCAAUAGCUGAUAACCUUGAACAAGGGCUGGUGUUUAGCAUCAUGCAGAACCAAGGGGAGAUCGACAAGAUGAGUGAUGACUCCUCUGACCUGAUGGGCGUCUCUGGCGACACCCGGAUCUCUGUCAACAUUCAGCAGAUCACCUCUCGUUUCAAGGCCGUCCAGGUCACGGCCAAGGAAAUCCUAAAAAAAUGUGAAGUAGGAGUGAGUGACCACAAGGGCUUCAUAGACAAGUACAACCAGAGUGUUGGAUGGCUCACUGCAGCUCAAGAUAAGUUAGCCAAGUGUGUGGAGAUGCAGGGAGACCGAACAACCUUACAGAAGAGAUUAGAGAUAGGAAGCGAGUUACUGAAAGAGAAGCAGAAUGCCCUCUCCCUGGUCAACACCACCGUGGAGCUUGGGGAGAAGCUCUAUCCUUCAACCUCCGAUGAUGGAAGGGAAGCUAUAAGAAUUCAACUGGAAGAUCUUCAAGGAGCUUUUGAUACACUUUUUGACAGUUCUGCCACGAUGGAGAGAGACCUUCAGAACAAGAUGGGCCGCUGGACGAGUUUUGAGGAGGCCAGUGAACAGCUGAAGCUGUGGCUGAAGGAGACACAAGCACAAAUGCCCGACGAGAUUGAAUUAAAGACGACCCUUGAUGAGAAACGCGCACAGCUGCAAACUUACCGGAUGCUCCUACAUGAUAUUCUGGCCAAGCAGCAGACCAUCCUCGACGUCCGUGACAAGGCAGAAAUGCUUCCAGAAAAAUCUGAUCGUGUGAAUUCAUUCCUGGAAACGGCAACUGCUCACCACCAGGAGAUGAUGCAGCGUAUUCAGUCGUAUUUGGAGCGCUAUGAGGCAAUUGUCAGUGACCACCAGCAGUACAGUAAGACAGUAUUUGAAACACAGGAGUGGUUAGAUGCCACACAUAACACUGUAGAAAUGUGGGGUGAGUCGGUGAGUGAUCAUAUUACCCUUCAUGCCAACCUCGAGAAGCUUAAGAACCUUCAACUGAGUCUCCCAGAGGAGGAGCCGAGGAUCCUUCAGAUAAGAUCCAUUGGUGAGAAAGUCAUCCCCGGCACAGUGGAGUCGGGUCAGAUCUACGUGCGUAAUCAGAUCGACACCACACAGCAGGAGUGGCAAGGUCUUAUCUCAGCUGUUUCCUCCACCAUAGAAAGACUUGAGGCCACCUUGUACCAAUGGGGAGACUUUGAGUCUAUGAAAGAUGCCAUUCAAAGUUGGCUGCGUGAGACAGACAACAAGCUACACGCAGUGAACCUGAACGUCACACUCGCAGAAAAGCAAGAAACUCUGGAUAUGUUAAAAACCCUCCAGGGUGAAGUACGAGCGAAGGAGCUGGAGAUUGAUCAGUUAACAGAACGUGCCCAGCACUUGUACCAGGGCAACCACUCCUCCCGCGGCUCACAGGUUAAUGAACUCUGUGCUCGCUACCAGCAGAUCUCUACAAAGGUCAAGGACGUCCACACCCGCUGGCACCAGUACGUAACUCAUCACGCCGACUAUGACAGCAGAGUCACAGAAUGCCAUAAUUGGCUACAGGAUAUCAAGAAGAAACUUAGUUAUUGUUCUGACCUGUCAGCCACCUCCCAGGAUGACCUCGACAAGAAGAUGGAAACCAUCCAGGAUCUUCUGUUGUACAAGGAGGAAGGCUUCAGUAAGGUGCAGGGAACUGUUGAAUUAGCUCAGACUGUCCUUGCUAACACUGCUCCUCUGGGACAUGAGCACAUCAACCAGGCAGUUGAAAAACUGCAACAGGACUGGAGUAGUCUUGCUUCCAAGAUGGUGGAGACAAAGACUUACUUGGAUGAAACUAUCCAUCGUUGGGCUGGCUUCCUUGAAAACAUUCACCAGCUACACAAGACCAUUGAACAUGUUGAACACACCCUUUCUGAUGUCAGUCAGUUCCAGUCCACACUCUCAGAGAAGAGAGCUCAGUUGGAAAGACUCAAGAGCCUCGAAGAAAAGCUUCGUUGCGAAAAAUAUGAAGUUGAGAGCCUUAAGGUAAAGGCUUCAGAGAUGCUGGCAAGUGGACAGCAGGCACAAGCAGCCACACAAGCUCAGAACAUUCUUAAGCAGUUUGAGAAUCUUUCUGAUCGCAUCAAGACCCUGCGUGGAGAGAGAGAAACUCAGUACCGUGAUCACCGCCAUUACAAAGAAGCCUACGAUGACCUCCACGCAUUUGUCAAUAGGACACGUGACAAAAUCCCAGCCCUCAAGCAGAAGAAUCUCGGCGAUAGACUUUCUAUUGAGACGGCUGUACAGGCUCUAGACACACUUUUGACGAGACAGGCACAGGGGCAGAUAUUAGUGGAUCAGCUGCUCCAUCGAGGGGAGGUGUUCCUUCACUCCACAUCAUCGUCUGGCCAGGAGAAUUACAAGAAUGAGAUGCGCGCUGUGAAGGAGAGUUUCGAGGAACUCUUCAAGGACAUUUCCAAACAGAAAGAGAACCUUGAAAAGACAGUAGUGCAGUGGCGUGACUACAAAGAUGAAUACGAGAAGCUCUCUGACUGGCUACAGAAGGCAGACGCUGACAUGAAGGCCUACAAGACGAUGCUGUAUGCCAGUAUUGGGGAGAAAACACAACAGGUCAACAAUGUCAAGGACCUACUCGAGAGUCUUGGGAAGCACCAAGCACAGCUGAAAAAGUUGAACGAACUCUCCCAAACAUUACAAGAAACUCACCUCGACGCUUUUGUUCAGAACCAGAUGCGUCAUCUUAAUUCUCGAUACCAAGUUUUAAUCAACAUGGCUAAAGAUGUUUUGAGAAAGGUAGAGGCCAGCUUUGACCAGCAUCGCCAGUAUGAGUCCUAUCUCAACAAGGCCAAAGAAUGGAUCGAUAAUGCUCGAAUGGUUGUGAGGGACUGUAUGGACAUGUCUCCUGACUCGGGCAAGGAGAGUCUCGAGCGACACUUGGAGAUGAUUCAGUCGUUGAUGAAGAAACAGGAGGAAGGACAAGCCUUAGUUCACCAAGCGGUCAACUGGGGUGAGAAGGUACUACGCAACACUCGUUCUGACGGUCGUGACAUCAUUAAUGAGUCUCUUGAAGAACUACAAGGGGAUUGGGACAAACUCAUUAAAAAGUUGUCCAAUGCUAAAGUAACUCUGGAGACCAACCUUCUUCAGUGGGCUGAUAUGAGUGUUUCAUACACCAACAUGCAGCAGUGGAUCAGUGAGAGGGAAGCUAAACUUCAACAACUCACCAAUGCAGUGGCUGCCUCCAGCAAGAGAGGCUCUGGUCUAUCCCACAGAAUUUCAUCCCUGAGCAUCGGAGAACGCAAGGCUAAUCUCCGUCGAACUAGCAGCAUCGUGCAGGACAUUGUGUCAUUUGAGCCAAUGAUUGAAUCGGUUACAUCCAAAGCAACAGAAAGUCAAGCAAGUCAAGUGAAGAAUAAUGCAUCUGAAAUUUCCAGUAAGUACCAUAGUCUUAGCAAACAGGCAAAGGAACUGCUGGAGAAACAGAAAGAUAUGGUCGACCACCAUCAAGAGUUUGUAGAUGCAGGCAAUGAAUUCAUGCACUGGCUCAGAGCUGCAAAAGAAAGAAUGGCCAAGUGUGCCGAGCCAACGGGUGAUAAGGACACAAUCAGCGGUAAAGCAACAAUACUCAAACUACUUCAGAAUGAACAAGAGGAAGGCCAGAAGAAGUUAGAUAAAGCUUUCUCACUGGCAGAGAGGGCGUGUAACUUGGCAGACGAUGAAGAUAAGGAAGUCAUUGAAGAAGAAGUGGCUUUCUUGCAAGAUGAAUUUGAUAAUUUCCUGGGCCAGGUUGGAAAGACGAAAAACCUCCUGGAAAUGGGUAUUGUCAAGUGGACAGAAUAUGAAGACAAGUUCAAAGAGUGUGAAGUAUGGCUGGACAAAAUGGAUGGUAAAGUACAGAGCUACAACAAACUUCAGAAUACAGUCCAGGAGAAGCGGUCAGUGCUGGAAGAGUUCCAGGCCACACUACAGAUGAUAUUUGACUGGCAGAAAACUCUGGAUCUAUUGAACAUGCGGGCCCAGCUCUUACUCGAGACCUGUGCUGACUCACGGGUGAGUAAUGCCGUCACUCAGUUGACUACGAAGUACAACACGUUACUUUCACUUGCCAAGGAGGUGAUGCGCCGCCUGGAGAUGCACUUCCAGGAGCAUCAGCAGCACCAUCAGUUAUAUACCGAGUGCAACGAUUGGAUUGAUCGCACUCGUAAGAAGCUCAAUGAAUGUGCUGGCGAGACCACCUCCUUGGAAGAGCUCGAUGAAAAACUAGCUGGCGUGAAAGUCAUUAAAAACACAUUAGAACAAGGCCAGCAUAAACUACGAUACGUCCUUGAACUGAAGGAACGCGUCAUAAUGAAUACAGAGCAAAUUGGCUCUGCUAGAAUCCAGGAAGAUACUGAAAAUGUACGCAAAGAAUUUGAAAAGCUCAUGUCUGAUAUCUACAGCAUGCAACAAAGUCUUAGCACCAAACUCUCACGACGAGAGGAAACUGAAAAAAUGCACACCACUGUCAAUGAGUGGCUGGAUGAACUCAACACUAAGGCCUGCGAGCAAGGUGUACUCUUCAGUGAACUAAGUGACAAGCGAGCUGCUUUAGAAAAAUACCGUAUCCUUCUGCGUGACAUAGCCGCCCACUUUGACAUGGUGGAGCGUCUUGCAGCGAAGAGAAAUGACGAAGGAUACUCCCAGGAAGAAGUGGACGAAUGCCUCAACAAAUAUGAUUCCAUAAAGAAAAUAGUCAUUGACAACAUCAAGACCCUGGAGGUGUAUGUCAAAGACCACGAGGCCUAUCAUAAUGCAACUGUAGAGGCCAACGACUGGCUCAGAAAGAUUCGCAUCACAAUACAGCAGUAUGCAGACAGUCACGGGGAGAAAAAAGAGGUAAUAGAGAAACAGGAACAGCAGGAGGAUAUUGCAGAAGAGUUUCCUGAAGGUGAAGAACUCAUCGACAAAGCCAUUGAGCUCAACAAAUCAAUACGAAAUUCCACAUCUAGCGAAGGCCACGACCCCCUCCGAAAUGAAGCGGACAGCCUGCGGAUGGAGUGGGAAUCCCUUCAGCAAAUGAGCAUGGACAUUCGCCGCACGAUGGAGAAGUGUCUGCAGACUUGGAAUGAGUUCACCGAGACUUACAAAGAACUGAACACCUGGCUGACGUCCUUCCAACAGCAGGUGUCCCAGGAGCCCGAGGAACCCACUCCAGAGGACCUCGAAAAAUGGAAGACGUCUUUACAGGAGCUUCUGGUGGAGGCUAACAGCAAGAAGGUCCACUUGGAGGUGCUGAACGACCGCUGUGAAGUGCUGAUGGAUUACAGCGCCCACACACCCAUCAGGGACAUGACCGUUCAGCUGCAGUCCACCUACACCAACGUCCUCACUAACUUACAGAGUCUUGUUGUGAUUGCUCAGAAAACUCUGACUGACCACACAGAAUUUGUUACUGCCAAGACAGAGUUUGAGGGAUGGUUAGGACGUUCUCAGGGCACUGUCAAUGACUGCCAGGAUGACACUGGUUCUGAGGCAUCGGUACGAGACAAACUAGACACGGUAAAAAUGGUGUCAACACGACUGUCUGAAGGCCAGCACAUGUUGGGUGUCUUGGCUGAGGCAUACACUCGCGCCCUCAACCUCACUCAAGUCGAGCAGCAGGACCAGAUCCGACAGGACUUCUCAAAGCUCCGCAACGAAUGGGAUCACCUGAACAUCUCACUCAAUUCUACCCUUUCCAAGCUCAAGAGUGCUGUAAACCGCUGGGAAGAGUUUAGUGAGGCACACACAAGACUGGAUGCUUGGCUUGUGGAGGUUGAGGAGCUCUUGGUGGAGACUCCUGACUCUCGGGGUGAAGUAGCAGAGAUGAGGACCUUCCUCGAGCGUUACAAACACAUUGCUCUCCAGAUCCAGGAGAAACAAGAGGAGGUUCAGAACCUUUUGGACGACGCAGAAGAGUUUGCAGACUGGGCGACUGAUGAUGAGAUCCUCAACCGUGUGGAAGAAUCUGAAUCUAAGUGGGAGAAACUCAACAGUCGGUGCAAUGAGAUCAUAACAAAACUAGAGGAAGAAAUUUCAGACUUUAGUGAAUAUCAGGGAGCCCUGCAGGACACCGAGAAGUGGCUCCUUCAGAUCAGCUUCCAGUUAAUGGCUGAAAAUUCCCUUUAUAUCUGCAACAGAGAACAAACUGAAGAACAGAUCGAGAGUCAUAAUGAAGAGUUAGAGGAAAUUGUCGAGUACCAGCAGACUCUUGAUGAGGUGAAGAACAAAGGCCGCAGACAGAUUGAUCGUUACAUUGGUUCUGUGCCGUCGAUUCAGGACAAGAUCGAACGUCAGCUGCACAACAUUCAGGAGAGCUAUAAUUCUCUCUUAGGUACAGCCAACCACAUCCAGAAGCGCUUGAAUGAGUCCCUUGCCAAGUUUGAAGAAUAUGAAGCUACGUUAGAGUCUAUCCAGAAGAACUUAGAAGAGUGGGAGCCAACCAUCGCUGAGGAGAAUGACACAACUAUCCAAACAAUGGAAGAGGCCAAGUACCAUCUGGAGUGUACAAGAUCGUGGCACAGCAAACUAUUGGGAGAGAAAUCUCGGCUGGCCUUUGCUGUGCAGGCAUGUGAGGCUGCCACAGCUUCUAUCUCUCGCCCGGGAUCCCCACAGGAUGUCAUCUCACAGUCCAUCCCAGAGAAUGAACUUGUUGUCAGAGCUAAGCUGGAGGACCUUAUUGAACAGGUGCAGGCACGAGUCUCAACCAUCAGUAACUCCGUCAGUGAACUGGAGGAGCUGGCUCGCCAGAAUGAUGCCAUCAAGAAGUGGAUUGAGGAAUACCACAUUAUUGUGCAAGACUUCAAGAGCCGCCCUGCAAAGCUGCGAUCAGAAGCCUCGUCACUGGAGAUCUCCCAAAUGAACGACCUUCGCUCCAAGAUUAUGGAGAAGCAGAACAUUCUGGAUGAACUGGAGAUAAAACAAAUGAACUUGGCUCCUGACAUGGCUGAUUCUGAUAUACGAGAACAAAUGAACCGCUUGGAAGAGGAAGUAACGAACCUCAUUGACUCACGUACAGUUAUCAUUCAACAGAUUGAGGAAUACAGGAGUAAGCUUCAACUUGUUUAUGGAUGGUUUGACACAAUUAUCAAACAGCUGGAAAAAUGUGACAAGAGCGACAGUAUAGAUUCCUUCAAGAAAUCUGCAGAAGUACAACAGCUGUGGAAUCAGUUUGAAGACGUUCGCACACAACUGGAAGAGCUCAAGAUGAAGGCUGGUGACGUUAUGUUGGAGCUCUCAAGUUUAGACAUCCAACAAGUUGAGGAACAGCUGAGGUCUGUUGAGAAGAAAUACUCAGAUCUUCAGAAGCGCGUUGGGAAGAAGAUGCAGGUGAUCGAAAUGACCCGCAAAGGCUACGAGGACUCCAAAAGUGAUAUCCUCAACCUGCAGAAGUGGGUGAGGGAGAAGAUGGAGUAUACAAGGGACCUGCCACUUCUAGGCUACACCAGCAAGAGUACAGAAGUCAAGUUGCUGGAAAUCAAUGAUCUGUCAAAGGAAGUAUCUGCUAAGAGAAUGCUUCUGGCUCAGCUUGAAAAGGCCAUUGAAAACCUCAAGGGUGAUGUUGAAGAAUCUGAACUACAGAAGCUUGAAACCAUAGUCAGUAAAACUGCAGAAGAACAAGGUGUUUUAUAUUCCACAGUCAUGGAAAUUAAGAACGACAUGAUCGUGUCCUAUGAGGAGCGACGCAGCUUUGAGCAGUCACAAGAUCAAGUACGUGCAUGGAUCAGUGGUAAAACUGAUGAAGUUGUCUGUCCAGACCUUCUGCCUCUCAAGUCUGAAAAUGCAGAGCGUGUAGUUGAGAAGUACAGGAGGCUUGACACCGAGCUGAAGCAAUAUGCAGAAACCAGUGUUGCUGGAUUCAAAAGACAAGGCAGUGCACUGUUCAAGGACUGUACAGAAGAAGAGAAGGACGAACUACACGACAUCUUAACAGAAGUGGAUGACAAAAUGAACAAUCUUCGUCAGACAAUGUCUGGGACUCUAAACCGUCUCUCUAACCUACUUGAAGCAAGGCGUGAUUUUGAGAGAGAACUUGAUAUUGCACUGAAAUGGCUUCAUCAGGCAGAGGUUGCUAUGCAGACAGAAACAAAAAGUCUCAAUACAGCUGAAGUUCUGGCUGAACAUCUCAAGAAACUUGAGACAAUGGAAGAUGAACGUGAGUCAGCAAACAAGCGUGUAACCAGCAUUGCCAAUCUGUGUGAGGACCUCUUACCUUACCUUACUGAGGGGGACAAGUUCAGCUUGGGAGAAAUUGUUCGAGAUCUGCAAGACAAAACAUAUAGAGUGAACUCUUCCAUCAGUGACAAGACAGAACAGGUCCGCAACACGAUCACCCUCCAGCGGCGUAACACAGAACGCAUCGUCCAGAGUGCUCAGACCUUUUCUUCUAUACAAAAAGAAAUCAAAUCUCUUAACAGACCAGUUGGUCGGAACAUAGAAGAUGCGCAGAAUCUCCUAGUAUCAUACCAGGAGGCUCUCAGAAAAGUUAACGAGUUCAGGAAGAGCCUUGAUGACAUGCGUACUGGUUCUGAGGUGAGUGUAGGUGAGAUGCGUGACAUGGUCAAGCAACAGCAGGAGCUUAUUCAAGUACUGGAAAAACAGAUAACAAGGAUACGACAGCUGAUCCUCGUCAGACAGCAGUAUGCCUCUCUUAUCAGUGAGAUCGUUGGAUUUACCAACCGAUACACUACUGUUGUCAAGGACAUUGAACAGACAGAGAAGACGGUUACAAACAAGAUACGGAAAUACAGUGAUGUAAUAACACGAAUUCAGGAAUGUGAGGCUCAGUUGACAUCUGCACAGGAUAAAGGAUCAAUCAUAAGUGAGGAAGGAACUGUGGAGGAUCACAAUGCCAUCAUGGAGCAGUUACAGGUAGUGAAGACCAACCUGAGUGCUCUGCGUCGUGAGGUGGAGAAGAGGCACUCGGAACAUGAGGUCUCGGCCGAGAGUCAUAAACGAAUUCAUAUUGAACUCAACAUGACAAUGGAGUGGCUGUUAGAGCAAGAGUCUGAGUUGAAGACCCGACCUCUUCUGACUUUAGAGGUGGAGAGCGCCAAUGAGGAGCUGGAGACCCACGAGGAACUUGCCUCAGACAUUGAGGAGCAACUAAAGAAAAUUCGAAGCAUCCAGGAGAGAGCCAAAUCUGAAAUUGGUCUUCCAUACAUCCUACAGGAAAGACUGUCUGAGGCAAAUAUGAUCGUGGCAACAUUCCCACUCGAGUUGGAAUCCCGACUCAAGUACCUGAAGGAUGCCAAGAUGCUGCGUCUCGAUUACGAAGACUUCACGACCAAAAUCAACGACUGGAUCAUUGAGGCCCAAAAGCGCAUUAUUGAUGUGGAUGGUGUUGACUAUGAUAAUGUGCGGUCAGACUUGGAGGAUCACUUGGCUUACUUCUCAAGUGAAGGCCUGAUUGGAGAAUCUCUCGAACAGUUGGGUAACAUUGCCGAGAGGAUUGUGCCAUCCUUGACCAGUGAAGACCAAGAUGAACUCACAGAUGAACUCUCAAAGCUUACUAAGGAUCUUGAUAAUGUUACCAAGUCUGCUAGAGAUCACAAGGCUCAGCUGGAGAAGAAUGUUCAGCUGGCACUGGAAUACAACAAGAUCGUAGAGAAGGCAAGAGGCCUCAUACAGGAUGCCAAUGUUAACACCCUGACUGAUGAUAGUGCCAUUAAUGUGGCAGCACUGAGAGUUAACCUGCAGAGAAUUGAUGAAGAGCGUGUGCGUCUGUACGACCAGAGCUACAUCAUCAAUGAUUUUACGGAACAGGCUAAUGAACUUCUCCUGCAGGCAAACAGAUCAAGUCACGUAAACAUUGGCAAUCAGCUGCUGGAAAUCACCAGAGAAUGGAAAGUUGCUUUGGAAAGCAUGGAGAGCCGACGUGAGGCCUUGGCAUCACUCAUCAGUCAGUGGCAAGACUAUGACGUGGCUGUGCGAAGUCUGGAAGUUGGCCUCAACCAACUGGAGCAGCAGCUUACUGAAGAACUUGACCGUGCCACCAAAGAUGACCCUGACAUCGAGAUCGUCAAAGAGACCUUACAGGCAUUGGAGGAGGAGGCCGAGGAGCUGGAGGAGGAGGUUGAGGGCCUAGAGAACCGUGCGGCGGUGGUGCUCCAGUACCUGCACACCGUCAGCGCCGUCGCCUAUGCCUCCGCCAAGGAGAAGUUGGAGAGACUCAUCAGCCGGCACCCCGAGUUGGUCGAAAGCCUCCGAGGUAAACUGUCGUGGCUGAGCGGCGAGGCGGCCUUCGUGGAUCAUCUACAGACCCAACUGGACGACGCGACCAGGGUACUCCACGACGCUGCUACCGAGAUCGCCGCCCUAGACCUCUACCACCACGACCAUUCCGCCGUCCAGGAUAAGCUACAGAGUAUUGGAUUGCGAGUCAACCAAGCAGCCAGCGAAGCCAGGCAUCUUAUCAACAAGACCAAGAGUCACUACAUAACUGAAGGUCGAUCUUUACCACAAGAAAUUGCUAGUCAGCUGUCCAAUCUAGAGUUAGAAGCAGAGAGUGCAGUAGCCAAGAUGGAGGAUGAACACCAGGAGGCGAAGCGGGCUCGUACCAUUCGCUUCGAGUAUCACCGAGACGUGGAGUCGGUGCAAGCGUGGAUUCAGUCAGCUGAGUCGAAGGUGCAGGACAAGAGUGUGGACCCCCACAAGCUGAAGGAGUUCCUGCAGGAGAUUCAUUGUGAGAUUGGUAGUGUAACGGACCAGCUGGAACGCGUGACACGUCAUGGCCACAUGAUCUGUCAACGCACCAGCAAUCAGAGUGAGAGGGAACUUGUGGCCAACACCGUCGCCUCCCUCACCGAGCAGCUUCAACAGGUCAGGAACUGGUUGGAGGACAAGAAGGCUCAGGUGGGCGAUUCGCUCGAGUCCUGGCAGUUGUUCAUCCAGCUGUACAAUUCCCUGCGCAGUUGGGUCGAGAGACAGCGUAACUUCCUCUCUGAACCCCUGAAGUUCGCCACCUUACCUGAAGCUCGCGCCAAGUUGCAAGAAUAUGCGGCUGCCGUAAAGGAUUGCAAGUGGGCCAACAAGCAGGUCUCUGAGAUGACCGCCGAACUAGCCAAGAUUGGCCAGUGUUCCGAUGUUGGCCCACUGACGGACAAGCAAGCGGAGAUGGAACAAGAGAAGGCUGACGUGGAGAGCAGCUUGAAGGAAGUGAUGGCACUGCUUCAGGAGAUGGGCGAAGAGUGGGAACAGUGUGAGCGUAAGUCCAAAGAUGUGGCGGGAUGGAUUGAGAAGACGCGACAGUCGCUAGAUAACCCACAGAACAAGAAGCGCUCACUGCGUGACCAGUUGGCCGCUCGUGAGAAGGCCUUGGCCGAUGUCACGAUCCAGAAGACCAAACUGGUGAUGGCCAUGGAGAAGCUGCAGGUGCACUUCCGUGACCGUAUGUGUGCAGAGGCGCAGGUGUCCCAUGAGAAUGAACAGCUGCAGUUACGCCUGGGGGAGUUACAGGUAGCAGUUAAGGAGGACUGCAAGACGCUGGAGGCGUGUGUUCACCAGAUGGACGCCUACCAACAGGAGAUCCAGCGACUGCGGCAGCAGAUGGUCGGGGUAGAGCAGCAGCUGAGGCUGGUGUCCAGUCCCACCUACAGCCCCCGUGACCGUGACAAGGCAGUAGCUGAGCAGAACGUGCUCCAAGGCCAGUAUGAAUCUCACCAACGACUCAUUGUCGAGCUCACCGAACGAAUCUACCAGAUUGACCCCAGUGCGGUGAUUCCGACCGAGCUAACGCUAGACACGACCGAAACGAGCACUCUUACCUCUUCGCUUGAUACGCCCCCUGAGGAAGAGGCCCAGAUCUCACCCAUGCAACCCAGGACCGUCCUCAACGAACCCAUCUCUCAAGACGUCCAAGUGGUCAUCACCCAGGAGAUGCCAGUUAGUGAAUGUGACAUCCUGGAUUCUGAGGUGAAGACUUUGACGGGCGUGGCGGUAAGGACCGCCACUCAGCAGCAAGCACGCACCGUGAUCAGUACCCCAGAGGCUGGGUUGCAACUCACGUGGGCAGAUGUUGCUGCGGGACGGAAGAGUCCUAGUGUCUUCAGCCAGACCUACAGUGCAGACCCUAUCGUACCCCAAGUUACAUCAACUCAGCAGGUAGUUACACAGGUUGUAAUGAGUCAAGUGUCAUCAUCUCUACCUGCAACGCCGACUCUAGUUGCUGAAUCAAUAAAAGAAGAGAAAAUUAUUGUGGAACCACCAAGUGAAUCCCCCGCCGUAGAAGAACCUGCUGUUGUCACCAGUCAGGCCUCACCGGCUGCUCACAAAGACGAUAAGCAAGUUCGUGACCGAAGGAAUCGUCAGCAACAGUUUGCCAAGACUCAGAAGUCUCAGAGUUUCGAGCAAGAUGCCAAGACUACCCGACGUGUACAACAGCGAGAUCGUCGCUACCGUAAAAAACAACCUGUGGAACAGCAGCCUGACCGCCAGAACCCGACAGAACCGCAAGAGGAAGUCUACUAUGAUGCUCCGAGUCGUAGAAACAGCCAGAGGAGUAGUCCAAGACGUUCCUCUACCAGGCCUAAGCAGAGUCCACAAGAAAGUCCAAAAGACACCCCGAUGGUGACCCCUAAAUCAAGUCCAGCAGAGAGUCCAAAGUCAAGCCCACAAGUACACCGGCGAGAACAAGAGAAAAUGUCAAAAGUAGAUGAACAAGACCAGCCUCUAACCAGUGUUGAAGAAGUGAAGUCAUAUCGGGCUCUGCCUACCACCAUGUGGGAUGGAAAAACAACUUAUGCUGAAAUUCUGAAAGGUAGACACGAAAUGAAAGCAAGACAGGAAAGAGAACAUGAUGUAGAGGAGGCAGUAAUGCUGUCAGACAUACAAGCUCAACCUGAAGUACAAGAAGUCACUUUAACAGAGGUUUCUAGUCAGAUUACCGAAUCAGCUGUACAAACUAUAGCCUCGACUGUGACUGAGUCUUCGACCAGUGUAUGUGAAACUUUAGAAUAUGUUGAAGUUCCUCAGCAGGAAUAUACCAUGCCUGAAGACAUUGUACCUGUAGGUGAGGACGUAGAACCACAACCUGUGACUCAACAGGUAGAAGAGGUGCCUGCUGUGGUUAUGCCACAAUACCCUGACUAUAUUGAACAAACCACUUUCUUACCAGAAGGUGUUGAGAUAUCCCAGCCCCAUGACCCCGCCUACCAACAAGCUGUCACCGCCUCCAUGUUCCAGCAUGGGUACUCCAUGGAUGUACAAACAAUUCAGAGUCCUAUCCAGGCAAUGGAAAAUUCAAUGCAGGGUAUUGUUAUCAACAGCAACAUCGAUACUAUGAAUUUUUACCAGGGAAUGAGUCAGUUCCCAGUUACUACAAGUUAUAUUCCGGAGGGUUUUGGCGUCCAGUCAUUUGGACAAGUGGGCGACUAUCAACAGACGAGCGAAGCUACUAAUGAGUUCUCAAGUGCUACCCUUGACCAGUCACCUUCUGAAGAAACCCCCAUGAUAAGUAUGAUGACAACCCAACCCACUGUGACCCCACCCAUGAUGACCCCUCCAGAGACCCCUGAACAAUACCAGGAGGAUGAGGAAGAAAUGGAGGCUGAAGAAGAAGUCCCAUCCAUGGUAUUUGAACCUUCCUCUCUUGAAGAAGGUACCGAAGACCAGGCAGUUAUUGAACCAAAACAGCCAUGUGUCAGUGAAGCAGUUAUGACUCCCAUAACAUCCGAGUCAAUAGAUAAGACUCCCAUGACAUCAGAUUCAAUAGAUAAGACUCCCAUGACAACAGAGUCAAUAGAUAAGAAUCCCAUGUCAACAGAGUCAAUGGAUAAGACUCCCAUGACAACAGAAUCAAUAGAUAUGACUCCCAUAACAAUAGAGUCAAUAGAUAAGACUCCCAUAACAUCGGAGUCAGUAGAUAAGUCAAAGUUGUCUUAUGCUCAAAUCCUUGCCAUGGGUCUUAAGGCUGCCCCCUCAGCUGUCGUCACUCACACUUAUGGAGCCUUGAAGUCAGUCAUGUCAUAUGUCAAGGGACCACCUCCACCUGAAAAAGUGGCACCUACUGAACAGAAAGUGGAGUAUGUGGAAGCUCCCAGCAAACCCAACAUUGAACAGCAGACGACUGUAACUCAAGCUCCCACCUUCAACCACGAUAGAUCAAGAGGCAAAAAGAGGUCCUAUGAGCCCAAGAUCGAAGUGACAGCUGUGAAAGAAUCCGAAGAACCCAAGAAAAUGGAAGAAUCGCAACGGAUGGAACACUAUAUUCCUGGCCUUGUGUUCAAAGAAGGAUCAGACAGACGCUCUAGGUCAAAGAGCGCCAGAAGAAAGCGAGGAGAAACGCCCACAGACACAGGUGAAGCUGUCAAGGAAAGAGAAGAAAUAAUUAUAGAUACCCUGAAGAAGGAAGUGAUUAAGAGGGAAGACAAACCUAUCAAGGUAAAGCAACCAAAGCUAGACCAGACCACAGUUACCUCAGUACCAGUUCAAGAAGCCAAGACUCAAUCACCACGAAUCACUCAAAAGAAAGAUAUAAUUGUAACUGAAACUACCAGUGUAAUUCUUCCCCAAAAGUGUGAAGAAAAGGAGCUCAAGAAAGACCAGGAAAUUGUUACUAAGAAAAUUGAUGUAGCUGUCUCAAGUGCUGUCCUAGAAAGCAGUCGACCUGAAGAUCCGAAAGUCCACGAGAGUGAUGACAAGCGCAAGAAGAAGAAGAAGCGAAAUAGAUCCAACCCCAAAGACCAAGAAGAUGAUUUGGAAAAGGCCCUGAGGGAAAUUGAAGAGAUGGAAAAAAGUGGAAAGAUUCAACCUCCUCCAGCCUCUAAACUUACACAUGUAGAGGAUGACAAACCAAAGAGACGAGGCUCCAAGAAGACCAGAAAAAUGGAGCCAACCUCAGCAUCCAAAUCAACUGAACCAACAUCAAGUGAGGCCACAGCUCAGCCAAAAGUAGAGCCCAUAGCAAAACCAGAGAAGACAGAGAAGAAGGUUCUGAAGACCAAAACUGGUGAGCCAGAGAAAGAAGUGUGCCCUACAGUAAAGACUAGUGAGGCUGAAAAACGCAAGACAGAAUUCAAGAAAACAAAGGGUGUGAGUUUCAACAAAGAAGAGAGUGAGAUGCAGACACAGUUGCAGUCAGAUGAAACCUUGGUGGAAGACAUGCAGGUCCAUACGGAGGAGCAGAGAAUGUCCACCCCAACAGUUGUCCCUAAGCAUACUGUGGAACCUGUAGUUGUAUCAGUACCUGAGCAAGUGGCAGUGUCCUCUAACGAUCCCCUUAACGAUGUACCUGUUGACCUUGUACUUGAUCCUCUACCUGACUUAAUCACUCAAGCCCCAAUAACUCCUGUAGAUACUAGUUCUGUAUCUCCAGUACAGACCUUCGCCUUCCCUUCUGAGACCAUACAAGAUAGUGCUGUUGUUGGGAAGGUUGGAGACAUUUCAUCAAAACGGGAGAAAAACGAGCCAGAACAAUAUUCUCAGGAUGGUACAAACGUUGUGCCAGCAGAGAUGGCGACCACAACCUGGUCAAUCUCUAACCAAACCACCACCUGCAUGGAACUUACGGACGUGGGACUUAAAUCAAUUUCCACUGAGGUGUCAAAGGACCUUAAACUAGAUGUCUCUCAGUCUAAGGAGAAAUCUCCAGUUAGGGUGACAGCCUCUGAAUUUCCGAUAUCAUAUCGUCCAAGUGACCCAGUGGUGCUCCAGGAGGAAGGAAGUUUCAAUCAUGGGGAAUUUCCUCAAAAGAGACGCAUUACUCUAGACCAUAAAACUCAAAUAUCUGAGGAGAAAAUUAUUAAAGCAAAUAGGAAGAGAAUGAUCAAGAGAAUUGUCAUUAUUGAUGGAAAACCAGUGGAGACUGAGGAAGUGGUGGAGGAACCUGAAGAAGUCACUGAGGAAAUGCUACAAGGUCUCCCAGCUGACUCCGUGAUUACUGAGACCAUCACAGAACCUGAGGUGGCUACAACUCUCCGAGACAAACCAGCUUUGACAAAGGGAACAGUGGCAAAAACACCUUCAGGAAACACCAGUACUGCAGUGUAUACUGUCACCACAAAACCUGAGGUGACCACAACAACCACUCAAAGAGUUAUUCGCAAGAGAAUUAUCAAGAAAAUUGUUAUUAUUGAUGGUAAACCAGUGGAGACUGAGGAAGUGGUGGAGGAACCUGAAGAAGUCACUGAGGAAAUGCUUGAAAAACUGCCAGCUGACUCAGUGAUUACUGAGACCAUCACAAAACCUGAGGUGACCACAACAACCACUCGAAGAGUUAUUCGCAAGAGAAUUAUCAAGAGAAUUGUCAUUAUUGAUGGUAAACCAGUGGAGACUGAGGAAGUGGUGGAGGAACCUGAAGAAGUCACUGAGGAAAUGCUACAAGGUCUCCCAGCUGACUCAGUGAUUACUGAGACCAUCACAGAACCUGAGGUGACCACUACUCACAGAAUCAUAAGAAGGAGAAUAAUUAAGAAGACUAUUAUGGUAGAUGGUAAACCAGUGGAGACUGAGGAAGUGGUGGAGGAACCUGAAGAAGUCACUGAGGAAAUGCUACAAGGUCUCCCAGCUGACUCAGUGAUUACUGAGACCAUCACAGAGCCUGAGGUGACCACUACUCACAGAAUCAUCAGAAGGAGAAUAAUUAAGAAGAUUAUUAUGGUAGAUGGUAAACCAGUGGAGACUGAGGAAGUGGUGGAGGAACCUGAAGACAGUAGUGUGAAAAUGAAUGGUGUAAAUACUACGCAUGAGGUGGCAAGUGAAGUGGUAUUGGCAGAACCAAAAUGUGAACAUUUAGAGGACAGUGUUGUGUCUGUAGAGAAAGCCAAAACGAAAACAGUUAAAAGGAUUGUGAUGAUUGAAGGCAAGCCUGUUGAAACCGAACUAGAGGUAUAUAAACCGUGUGAAUUAAUGGAGGAAACACCCACUCCUCAUAUAGCCAAAACAAACACUAGUGACACCACACAUGAGGGUGCAGUAGGGGCAAAACCUGUAUUUGCUUUACCAUUACCAGACCAUUCUAAUGACUGGAUGGAGUUAAUUGAGGGAGGGGGCUUUACACUCGAAGAUGAAGAUGAACCAGAAGUUUGUACCGUUCUCGAGUCGACUGAUGUACCUGUCACUGUCCCAGAGCUAGUUCGGGAAAUAUCACCCAAAGAUGACACAGUGCGAAUACAGGAAAGCAAAUUGGUGUCUACCCCACUAGCCGUUGGUGUAGGUCGUGUUGAGAACGUUAUCCUACAUGAAUCUGAUAAUGUCAAAGAAUCUAAACCCCGCUCUACUGAAGAAGCUGUAGAUGCUAAACCUGCAUUUGGGCUGAUUAUGCCUGAUCAUGCCAACGAUUGGCUAGAAAUCCUGGAGGAAGGAGGAUUCACACUUGAGGAUGAAGAUGAACCAACUGCCCCUGAAGUAAACAUGCCUGAGAUUACUCCUCCUCAAGUGGCUAAAGAGCCACCAUCAGUCAAUGAGCCUCAAGUGGAGGAGAAACCACAAGAAAAACCAUUAUUUAAUCUUCCCGUACCAGAUCAUGCCAAUGACUGGAUGGAAAUUAUUGCAGAAGGAGGCUUUACACUGGAUGAUGAAGAAGAAGAACAAGAGGUAGCCAUCUCACAGACCUCUACACAAGUUACUACUAAUGUGUUUAUCAGCCCAGAAGUUAGUGACAAAAAGCAACCAGGAAAAGAACAAGAACUGUUUGUUGGUGUUAGUGCUCCUGUGCCUGCAGGAGAGAGAAAAGAUGUAGAAAAUCCUAAAGUACAAGAGCCAGAAUCUUGCAAAAACCCAGUGAUGCCUAAACCAUUUGGCCUUCCUCUUCCUGAUCAUGCAGAUGACUGGUUAGAAAUAAUAAAAGAGGGCGGAUUUACCCUUGAUGAUGAAGAUGAGGAACCAAUAGCUGAAGAACCUGCCAGACAACCUGAGCCUGACACUAGUGUUCCUUCCUCCACAGCCACCACUGUGCCAGAGAAGCUAGACAUUGCUGCUGAUACUCAAGUGACUCGUCCUGUCUUUGGUCUUCCCAUUCCUGAUCAUGCUAAUGAUUUCAUGGAAAUAAUAGAAGGUGGAGGUUUCACACUCGAUUCAGAAUCUGAUGAGGAAAAACUCCCUGAGACAACUGAGGACCUCCCAGCCAUUAUAACAAAGCACAAGGAAACUCCAGAUUCAGUGGUUAACACCCAAACAUGGUCGGCUGUCACUCGGCCUCAACACUUGGUUCAUCCCACUGAUACAUCACAACAGGAGCCAAAACAGGAAAAAUUACCAGUUAAAGAGACAACUGAAUCUUCCAAACAAACUAUCCCUGAAGGAGAACCACAGAAACCACAAGAUGGGGACAAUUUUUCUUAUGCAUGUGCUUUGUCAUUUGGUAAAGUUGUUGCCAAAGAGGAACCUAAGGAAGAGCCUAAGAAACCAUACCAGUACCGAGCCCCGCCAUCAGUUGUGGAAGAUCACACCGAAGAGAAUCCUCUUGUUGAAGCCAAGAAGGAUGCUGACGGGUUUGAGGGGAUUUUUUCCAAGAAGAAGAAGCGCCGCAGGAAGAUGGGUAGUGAAUCAGAACCAGAGCCAGCUGCCACUGAGCACACAAACCCUGAAGUGCCACCCGAGACUAAGGAAACUCAGCCACCAAAACAGGCAGAGAAGGUAUUGGAAAAAGUGCAAGCCUCUGAGACUGUAAGUGAACCAACCAGCACUGUGCAGACUGAUGUGGUUUCUGAGGAGAUAACUGUUAAGAAGUCUGAUAAGGAAUCAGCUCAAUCACCAAAGCAACCUGAGAAACCAGAGAAGAAGAAGAAAAAGAAAAAGCUUAAGGCAAAAGAAGAGGAAGAUGAAAUUGAAAAAGCUCUGCAAGAAAUAUCAAAAAUUGAAAAAGAAAAACCCUCAAAGAGAGACAAGAGAGGGAAUGUUGAAGUGACCAGCGUUGUUGAGACUGACCUCGCAGAUGUGAUAAUGAAGACAUCUGUUGAGGAGCUGGAGCCUGAGUCCCCAGUGAAGAAAAAGACUGACUCUGUACCCAAAAUUAAAGAACAAAAACCAGAGUCUCCCACAAAACAAAAGAGUGAUGUUGUACCAAAGAUUACAGAGCAGACAACAGAAUCAGAAAUUGCUGUGGUGCAGCUUAGUGUAGAUGAGAAUGUUCCAACUGAAAACCCACAUCCAAAGCCCAAGAUGCCAGUUGAAGCUGACUUCUCCAAGAUCACGCAAGCGCCAACAGAGCCCGAGGGCUUUAUGACAGCAAUCCUUUCCGUUAAUCCAGGAAAUCCACGUCCCACUAGUCCACAUAAUCCAAUCGAUGACCCCAAUGAGAUUAUUUUAACUCCUCAGUGGAUGCGACAGAGACCAAUAACUCGCACUUCCAGCACAGAGGAAAAGAUCAAAACUCCACUUGAAGAGCGAAAACAGCUGUUUAAGACCAAAAGUGCGCCCCUUGAAAGUACUUUAAGUGAUAUUAGUUACGGUACGGACUCAAAAGACUCUGUUCCUGGCACAUCACAUGGCAGACACUCACAGCUCAUGGAAGAAGAUUCCUCAAGUGUAUUUGCAAGUAGUGUACUUCCAUUAGUGCCUGGGGAUGAGUAUUAUAAGAAUAAAAAGAAGAGGCCAAAGAAAGGAAAGGGUAAGAAAGGUGACGAGGAUAGAGACAGUGACCCUAAAGAUAAGAAUUAUGAUGACACAGAAUUAUCCAGAGAAGCGGAAAACUUAGAGUCUCAGGAAGGAUAUCUGACACCUGAAAGUGUGGACAACCAAGAUGAUAGUGAUCAUACUCCCCCAGAAGCCAGAGAUGAGGUUAAGGUUGAAGAAGAACUGGACAAACUUUUAAUGCUAAGAACAGAAGUUCAGCAAAAGCCUUUGGUUGAAGAUACUGAUGAUGAGAGAGAAGAGCCAGUGGAAGCUGUAGUUCCACUUGCUGAACCUAUAAAAGAAUCUCAACCUGAAGUCUUGGCUGUGAAAGAACAAGAUGUUCAGACAAAGCCACAAGAGGAAACAAAUAUUUUGGAAGAAAAAAUUCAUCUUGAAUCUUCUAAAGAAUUUGAAAUGGUUCCCCGUCCAGGGGAAGAAGAAACAAUGGAGAAGAAACCAGUGGAAGGAGUUACUGUGUCAGAGACUGUUGAACCUGUUCCUGAAAAUGGACUUGUGUCAAAGGAAUUUGACUUGGAAUGCUUGGUAUUAGAGGAAGACAUUUCAAAGCACCAAGAACCAUCUGGUAAGGAAGAAUCGCUUGGAUUACAGAAAAUUGUGCCUAACAUUGAAGAAGCCCUUCAAGAAGCCAUGACAUCUGAAUUAGAAGCUCCCAAUGGUAACCAACCUGUUCAGCAACCGGUGGAGCCCAAGCCUAAGUUUGCACUUCCCAUGCCUGAACAUGUUGAUGAUUGGAUGGACAUCAUCAAAGAUGGUGGAUUUACUCUAGAAGAUGAAGAAGAGCUUCCUGAUGAGGACAGAACAGAAGAAGGGGAUUCUGGUCAUGGGGCUGCAACGGUAGAAGAAGACCUUUCACUCGUUACAACCACCAUUGAAGACAAGUCGAUGGAGAGUCUGGAAGUCACUCCAGAAGAGAGUGAGAUCAGUGUGCCUCCAGACAUGGGGCUCCCUGACAGCAGUUGGCAUGAACCUCAGUCAGAAGAUGACUCUGGGUUCAGCUUUGCGGGGACCUCUGAGCACUUGGAACCUGUGGGGUCAAGUCAGUCAAAAUCAUACGCCAACAUUCUCAUUCAUGCUCCGGCUGUCGUUGCAGAGGAACUAACUGAAGACUCCAAGAAGCCUUAUGUUUUCCACACCCCAACUAUUGUGCAGAAGGAGGAGAGUUCUAAUGAAAAUGACAAAGUUGCUGCUGAGGUGGAUGAGGAAGGAUUUACAGCAUUUGUGUCCAAGAGGGAGAGAUACAGGAGAAAGACUCACAGCACUUCUGGCAUUACCGAGGAAAUUGAGGAGACUGUAAAAGCCAUCAUGGAAGAAGUCACCAAGAAGGACCCCAUUAAGAUUACGAAAGAAGCAAUAAAGGAAGUGAUGAGUGCAGACAUGGAGGAAGUCGAGAGUGAGGGUGAAAUAAGUUUCCUUGAAUUACCAAGACCCAAGAGAAGUAAAUCGAGGCAAAGAUCAAGGUCAAAGAGAUCAUCCAAGAUGUCUGAGUCGGAGCAGGAGAUAGAUCAGAUAGUUGCGGCAAUUGAAAGAGGAGAGGCGCCCCCAAAACCCAAGGAUGUGAUCGAGUAUGAACAUAAACUGUCUGCCGCUUUUUAUCUUGGUUCUGAGCUGUGGUAUGACGUGUUUGGUAUACGUGACGCUGAAACGUACUACCAGAAGUAUCUUGUUACAAAGUCCAAAGAGGAAAAUAAACCACCUGUUCCUGUUGUUGACUCCCACGAAAUUGAAGUCCAGCCUGAUGUGAUGGAACCAGCAGUAGAAGAUAAUCCAUUGUCACAAAAAACUGUUGCCAAGCAGAGAGAGUUAGUGCCAGUAGCAGUAGAAGUUCCAGCAGCAGUAGAAGUUCCAGCAGCAGCAGAAGUUCCAGCAGCAGCAGAAGUGCCAGCUGCAGUAGAAGUUUCAGCAGCAGUAGAUAUUCCAGCAACAGUAGAACUUCCAGCAGCAUUAGAAGUUCCAGUAACAAAGGAACCAGAAACACAAACGACUGAAAUUACCCAUGUGUCAACAGAAACAAUAACUGAGACAGUGGACUUCAUGUCAACAACAACAGGGACUGUAAAUAUGCAAGCAGAAGUUACUCCAGAACCAACAAAUUCAGUACCACAAUCUGUAGAGGUUAUUUCAGUGAAACAGACGCCUGUUGACUUAGAUUCCACAAGAUAUGACAUGAAGGAAAUUCAAGAGUCUGAGACUAAGUACUAUGAAUAUGUCUCACAACUACAAAAGAAAUCUCUUAUUCCAGAGGAAACUCACACUCCUGAGUCAUCAGUCACAGAAUGCCAUAUUGUGGAAUGCGACAAUCCUGUGAUGGGUACAAGUCUCAUAGUUGAAACUGUUGAGGAAAAUAGUCAAGGAGUUACACAAACUGUGGUAGAUAGAGUUGAAGCUAAAGACAAAACUGUGAUUGAUAGAGUUGAAGCUAGAGACAAAACUGUGACAGAUAAGAAUGAAGCAGUAUCGGUAUCACAAGCAUCACUGGUGAUUGAUGCCCACCAACAUGUAAAGGGAUAUAACAUGUCAUUGAUCAGGGAGGCUGAGACACAGUACGAGGAGUAUUUAGUACAGACAGAUAAAUUGGUUGAGACAGAAGAAACAGUUUUGCCUGAAGUAGAGCCACAACAGACAUCCCCAACAGUUGAAGAAGCUCUACAACAUGAGAAGGCCCAUUAUAAUAUGCCAGAAAUUCUAGAGGCUGAGACACAGUAUCAGGAAUCCUUGGUGCAGUCAGAGAAAGAAAUUAAGGCUGAAGAUAAUGUAGGUUUACCUGAUUCACAACAAACAUCAGGAAAAUCUACAUUUAUUCAACAUGAAAAGGCCAGUUAUAAUAUGCCAGAACUCCUGCAAGCUGAAACUCAAUAUCAAGAGUUCUUGGUGCAAUCAGAGGAGGUGGUCGAGACUGAAAAUAAUGUAAUAGAGUCCCAGCAGCCAACACCAGCAACAGAUAAAGAUACUGUACAACAUGAACAGAUCAGCUAUAACAUGCCACAUAUUCUCCAGGCUGAGACACAGUACCAGGAAUACUUGGUACAGUCAGAGAAGCUAGCUGAGAGAGAAGAUACCCCAGAUUUACCAAAGAUACAGACAGAACAAAUCUGUGAAGAGAAGCAUGAUCCAGAAGUACAUAUCACUGUAAAGAAAAAUGGAGAGCAGGUAGUUCCCAGUCCCCCAGUUCUGCCAAUACCUGAAGCGUCAUCAUCAAUAAGUAGUUAUGACAUGCCUACCAUCCACAUGGCAGAGACUAAGUAUCAGGAGUAUCUGGCUCAGACUGAAGAAACCACUUCUUGGGCUAGUGUUGUUGCUCUUGGGAAGCCAGUAGUUGUAGAAGAGGAGGUAACGACACCCCAGGACGAGAAGUCCUUCAUCUUGUACCAGACCAAAAUGGUCAAGGUUGUGGUUACAGAUGAAGAACCGCCUAAACCACUGGUGCCUGUGUCAGCAGAUGAAGAAGGCUUCACAGAAUUUGUCUCAAAGCAAGAAAGGCGGCGUCGAUUACGUUCGUCUUGCUCUGAAGAGCCUGAAGAGGCUGUGAAAGACAUUGUGCCUUAUAUUCCAAGAAUAGAAUUACCAGAAGUAGAGAUUGUAGAAGAACCAGAGCAGGUGGAGGUGCAAGAAACAGUAGAGAAUCAGCCUGAAGUGAAACCAGUCGAAGAAGAAAGUAUGGUGGAAACAAUUGAAAUAUCAGUGAGGUCAAGGAAGCACCAUGACAGUCACAGAAGAAGCCAGCGUCAUCGUGUAUCAGAAGCUGAAAGAGAAGUAGAUGAUAUUCUUCGCUACAUGGGUCGUGAGGAGCUGUUACAAAAAUAUGCCAUCCACGACUCCUUCUGGUAUGAGAAGUGUCUCGCGGAUGAUAGUGAACGAAAAUAUUAUGAAAUGAUGGCCAGGGUUCCUGACACUGUCCUGGAGCAAAAUAUUCCAAGUGAAGAAGAGGCUCCUGACACUAUUCUUGAGCCUGAAAUUCCAAGCCAAGUAGAUGUGACAACAAGUCAGACACAAGAAGAGUACAUUGUUCCCACCCUUCCAGCAACACCCACUACUACCACCACCUUGCAUUCUUCCCCACCUCUCACUCAUGCUACUAGUGAAUGUACCAUUCCUGAGCUAACCUCAUCCUUCUCAUAUGACAUGGCAGCAAUUAAUGAAGCUGAGUCAAGGUUUUAUGAAUAUCUGAGCAAAAGACAGACGACUGCAGUAGAAGAAACUUUAGAUCGUGAAAAGGAAGCAGAAGUCUCCACACAUUCUAAGGAGGAGACAGUUGUAGUGGAUGAAAUUACUUUGCCGCAGAAAUCUGCCAAUGUUACCGAACCAACAUCAUAUGUCGAUGUUACCGAACCAACAUCAUCUGCCGAUAUUACUAAACCAACAUCAUCUGCUGAUGUUACUGAACCAACAUCAUCUGCCGAUGAUACUGAACCAACAUCAACUGAACUUGGCCCACAGAUAUUAGCAAUAACCGAUGAUGUUCUCAUCAGUGACUCUGAGAGGUAUGACCACUCUGCCAUCCUGCAUGCUGAAACUGAGUACCAGGAAUAUCUGGUCCAAUCAGAUAAGUCACAGCUCAUGAAGGACCAGUUUGUCUUAUCACCAGAGAGGAUAAUAAAUGAUCAGACUUCUGGAGAAACAGAGUCCUCGGCUCCCAUAAUUCCUGAAACUUCAACUGUAAUGAGUUAUGACAUGCCUGCCAUCCAGAAAGCCGAGACUAGCUAUCAGGAAUAUUUGGCACGGGCUGAGGGUGCCACUUCAUGGGCUGCUGUUGUGGCUCGUGGGAAACCAGUCGUCAAGGAGGAAGAGGAGGAGGCACCCAAGGAUGAAAGAUCCUUCAUCCUGUACCAUACCAAGACAGUCAAGGUUGUAGUUGCUGAUGAAGAACCAGCUCCCAGACCACAGGUGCCUACAGCAACAGAUGAAGAAGGUUUCACUGAAUAUGUGUCAAAGCAAGAGCGUCGUCGUCGAUUGAGAUCAUCGUGUUCAGAGGAUCCUGAAGAUAGCGUGAAAGAUAUUGUGCCUUAUAUACCAAGAAUGGAAUUACCAGAAGUAGAAAUUGUUCAGGAAUUAGAAGAAGUUAAACCAGAACCACCUGUAGCAGAUGAGCAAGAUGUAAAAAGUGAAACAGAAGAGCCUGUUCUUCCAGCUCUUGAAAAAGCGUAUAGAUUCAAGGAGAGACACCAUAAACGUAGCCGCUCACGUGUGUCAGAGGCAGAACAGGAGGUGGACGAGAUUCUGCGUCAAAUGGAUCGGGAAGAAGUCCUACAGAAGAAUGCCACUCAUGACUUCUUCGUGUGCAACCAGUGGAUGUACAACGAUGCUGAGAAGAACUACUUUGAAAUGUUAGCCAAGCUCAAGAUAGCUAAGGUUGAUCUGGUGAGUGAACUUUUGGAGAAGGGUGAUGAUGAGGAUGAGGAUGACGAUGAUGCCUCUGGGUCAUCUCAUGGGCCUCCACCAGCUUCUGACGAUAAAGGUGGUCGCCCAGCGAGAACAUAUCAGACUGAAAUCAUGCAGGCUGACGUUCCUCAUGGUUUAGCAAACUGGACUGAUGAGAGCACAUAUCUUUCUUUAACCCCAAAUCUCCCAGACCAAGUAACUAUCACUAGUUCCCCAAGCACUAAUACGACCCAGACCCGACAGACUCACACUCUGACCAUGACACAGACUUCAGAUUCCACUAGUAAGACUACCAUGACAAUAAUCAGCGAGAAGGCAGCUCCCCUGCAGGCCCCUUGUCAAGCCAAUACAACACUCGCCCAGCACAGAGAGCACCAGGAGGCCAAGAAGAAAGUGUCCUCAGCACAAGACAAACUUGAGAGCUUCCAGGAUAGAAUCAAGGCUCUUGUGGACUUUACCAUUGUUGAACAGUUGACCACCAUACAGACACUAAUAAUCGAGAUGAACCAACUUGAAGAUGAUUUGAACCACCUGGAAGAAAGAGAAAAGACUAUGGAACAAGACAGUGAAAUGCAAAACAUGCACGCCGUGGUCUCUGGUCUGAGGAUGCGACUUAAGACUAUGCGUUCUCAAGCCGAGUACAAGAAAUCAGAAAUAGAGGGAAAACACAGUGAGACGGAGCAGCAGAAGUUCCACCUGAUUGAGUACCAGCAGUUGCUUCAGGACUUGGAGUGUUGGGUGACAGAAACGUACACCCAGAUCACCUCUGAAAUCUCACAUGGGUCUGUGGCAGCCAUUCGUGAACAGAUAUCUCUGAAUCAGACCCUGCAGCGUGACUUGUGCCGUCGUGAGCAACAAUUGACUGAGCUGCGUGGCAAGUGUGAACGUGUGCGGGGUGACUCGCAUAUUGAAUCUUUAGCUCAAGAGAUGACGGACCACCUCACUUUCUUGAGUCAGACAAUUUCUGACACUCGCCUGGUACUCCAGAAUCGUCUGCAGCAGCUGAAGCCAGCAAAGGAUUCCUUAACAGAGCCCAAAGAUGCAGGUAAAACAGAUCUCUGGCAAGUACAGUUGUACCCACAAGAUGUUCCAGAGCCUGAGCAGCAGAUGCAUCUUCCUGAAGAUCAAGAGAGUGCUCCUGCUUUACCUUGUUGGCCAAAGGAAUCCCCUGUGGAUGACUUGCCAGUGUUCCCCAAGCCUGAGGAAAGGUUCCCAGUCCCCAUUAUGAGCCAGGAAGAGCCUGUUGAACCAUCACAUGUUCCCAUACCCUUUGAGGGUGUGCUGUAUGCAACCCCAGCAGAGCCAUCCCUUCCAGAGAGAAUUGUGGUUGAACUUCAGCCUCCUGCUCCAGCACCUGAUUAUAAGGUAGAAGAGAUCAAAGAAACAGAACUUUCAAUUCCACAACCUAAGUUUAAGGAAGAAGAGAAGAAGGUAGUACAAGAAGAGCAAAUGCCAUCAGCUCCUGUACCAAGCAUGAGGGAAGAUGUACAGUCUCUUCCACCUGCAAUACUUCCUGACUCGAAGGUAAAGGAUGCAAUGGAACCCCAAUCACUUUCCACAGUUCCUGACACUACAUUAGAAGAGGAUGAUAGACCCCAGCCUCUUGCUUCUGGUCUUUAUUAUAAGAUGGAGGUUACUCAGCCCCAGUCUACUGUCUUACCUCCUGAAGGUAAGGUAAAAGAUGAUGAACCACAUCCCCAAACAGUGGGACAUGAAUUUAAAUUGGAAGAGGCUGAGGAUAUUGUCAAUGUGCCCGAAAGGACAGUAGAAAAGGCCUUAGAACCACAGCACACAGACAUUAAAAUUGAAGAAGUGAUACAGUCUCAGGCUCCAGUUUCAGCACCAAAAUAUAAAGUACAUGAGGAUGUUGAAUCAGAGCCAACACUCAUAACACCCGAGGAUAAAAUUGAAAAGGCAGAAGAACCUCAGACACCAGAGCACAAGAUAACAGAGAUACUGAAAGAGCCAUCCACCUCAGAAGAAAUUUCCGAAGGUGAGGAAAAACAUGUGCCAGUGUCGAAAGAGCAGAGUCUUAAGGUAGCUGAAGAGGUUAGUAAAUCUGAAAAUGAAGAAAUUGUUAAAGACAUGCCAAGGUCAGAAUCAGGAGUCUCAAUAGUAAUUACACCAGCUGAUGACUUACCAGGUGAUGCUGAUGAAAUAGACAUGGGCAAAAUUUCUGAAACAAGCUCUGUUGAAGAUGAAAUGUAUACCCCAGAGGAAAGCACCCAUGAAGACUUGCCAAUAGCGGUGACUGUAUCAGUCCUAGAUGAGGAUAUUAAACAUCCAGAAGAGAUUCCAGUUUCUGAAACAGUAGAGAGCAUUGAGAGACAGUUAACACCAGAAAUAGCAGAAGUUAAGACUGAAAUGGAAGAAAUAUUUGAAGAAGCAGUUGAAGCUCCCAUAGAUGACAUCUCAAGAGAAAUGUCACCCCUUAGUCUCUACACAACACACAUUGAUGAUCAGUUCGUUACAAGCAUUGAAGUUGCUUCUUUACCCACUGUUGAAGGUGUGUAUCCAAGAGAUGUCUCACAGGUCAUUACUGAUGAACAGAUUGAUGAACACACAGCUGGGCCGCCUGAAGAAAGGCCUCGGAGUGCAUCACCCUCACCCGAGAAACUCGAGGGUGAGGGAGAACAAGAGUCACUGCCAUCUGGUGAUUCUGAAACUAUUAAAGAUUUACAAGUAGCAUUAAUAGAAAAAGAGAGUGUUGGAGAACAGCAACCAUUGGUUGAGGAGCUAGUGAUUACUCAGGAGUUGCAGACCAUAUAUACCCUUCUCAAGCGUCGUCAGAAUUUGAGAGAUCAAGCAGCUCUCAUACCUCCCACUACACCACUGAUGUUAGCCCCAUCCACUCAGCCUUCAGGUAAAGAACAGGAGGACCAAAUUGAUACAAGUUUAAAGGUACUUCAGUCUGCCAUAAAAAAGAAAGAAGUUGUUGUGGUACAGAGAGUAAUUAUUUCAAUCGUUGAAACGGUGAAUACAUGGUUAGAAACUAUAGAGUACAGAAUCUAUGCAAUCAGAAAAACAGAAGACAUUGAUGAGAGGACGAGACAGUAUGAAUACCUGCGCACUGAGCUUCACAUUGUGGAGGAAAAGCUAACUGUACUUGAAAGUGUAACACAGUCUGCUGUAGAGAUUUUAAGUGAAGAAACUGUUAUAACUAUAAUAGAAACGGUGAAAUAUUUGCGUCAACAGGUUAUCCAUGUAGAAAAAAUGCGACAGAAUGAACAAGAAGAUCUUGCCAAGGUGGAAGAACGUUAUUCACAGUAUCUUGCGGCCGUAAAUGAUGCUGAGAAAGAAAUAUCUCAGCUUAAGACUCAACUAGGUCAUAUUCAGGAGACCCAAAUGUUACCAGAGGAAAAGCUUACAAAACUGGAAUUGCUUCUUGCGACUAAUGAAGACACACGCGAUCGCAUCACACAGUUACUGCUUAGUUCGCACGAUCUCGGGCAUCCCCCUGGUCGGCACAUUGGUGAUGAGCUGGCUUCCAUUCAGACCGAGCUCUGUGAAGUUCAUGACUCUGUUGAAAAGGAGUUGGACCACCACCUACGACUCACAACAUCUACCACUGAGUAUGAGGAAACACUCAUGGAACUCACACAUCUUAUUGAAAUGGCAGAAACAAUUUUGGAAGCAAGAGUGGUCGCUCGUGAUCACAGUCACUUGAUUGAUACUAUCACCAAGCACAAGAAACUUUUCCUGUCCCUCCGUCAGUGCCAGAAAGUGUUAGAAUCUCUAGACACUGCCCUGGAACCGAGUUCUCGUGUUCAUUACCAGCAAUUGUACUCUCGCUCCUACUCGAGGGCUUCAAGAUUGUUGGACAAGGCCACGCAGCGCAACCACCAGCUUUCUAUCCUUGAGGCAGAAUGGAUGCGUCUUCUCAACCAGUUGAAGGAGGAAGAAGCCUGGACAGUAUCAGCCUCAGAACAGGUUACUCAGCUUCAUAUUGUGUCUGCUGACACAUAUGAAGACAACACAAAUGCUUGCAAGGAAUGCCAGGACCUGUUGGUGGAGAGCGUGACGCACGAAGCUCAAGUGGGUCACCUGGUGGAGAUGGCCCGCAAAGUGGGAGACGCCAUCACUUGCACUCACCUGGAGACACGCGUGACGUCACACCACCAGCAGACCACGGGGCUACGUCAGGAAGUCAGUCGCAUGUUGGAGCGGCUGGAGGAGUUGCAUGUCCACUGGUCGACCUACCAGAUCCAGAUGGACAAACUACAGGAGUGGUGCUCUCAGGCCAAAACCUCACUAGAGAAUAUUGACCUGACACCACAAGAUCAAGAAAAAUUGAAAGAGCAGUACAAUCAAAUUUGGAAUCUCAAGGCUCAGUUUGACAGUCAGAGCGUUAUGCUUAAUGAAUGUAUGAACCACUUUGACAAGUCAGUGGGCUUGGUGAACAUGACAGACGAAACAAAUCAGCGACACUUCCUCUCACAAUUCAAGGUUGAGUGGGGUGAGCUUGAGGAGCUUCUUCAGCAGAAGGAAAAGGAACUACACAGGAUUCAAAUCCAGGUAGUUCCUGUCCCACAACUGCUGGCAGAGACUCAAGACACCCUCUCUGGUAUUGAAGUUGACCUCCAGAACAUAGAUACUAAUGUAAAAUCAAUCCAACAACUCAGAGAUAUAUCGGAGAAUUACAAGGUCCUCCGCAUCAAGGUUUUGAAUAGUAAAGAAAACUUAGAUCAUUUAACACAAGUUUCAAGUGCCGAGGAAGAUCAAGAUGAAGAUCUGUUGGACACCGUCGGUAAAUUGUCACUCACUUGCCAAGAGCUGAUUUGCACCAUCCAGCAGCGCAUUGCAUCUUUGGAAUACACCUUGGAUCAUGUUCAAAAGACAGUGAGCCGGGUGGAGCGGAUCUCUCUCACCGUAUCACAUCUUGAGAGCACACUGGAGAGAUGUCAGGCAGUAGAUAAAGAAGGUGAACAAAUUCUCAAGGCUGCCCUGCAUUCCUGUCAGACAAUAUAUGAUAGUUUAGGUCGUACUGAAGAAGAUGUCACCAAGGUAAAACAGUGCAUGGAAACUUUAAGUAAAGACCCCCAUCACCCAUGUCAUCUGGAAGAAUUAUCAGCACAGGUUGUAGCUCUCCAAGAGCGACUUGAAGCAGUUGCAGAGAACAUUAAGGAGACUCGCUCCAACUUGAAGAAUCGUCUUGAAAUGUGGCAAAAAUUCAUGUCUUCUUCUGAUGCAGUAGACAGCUUCCUACAAGAGGUUGAAUAUCUUCUUGAGAGUGCCUUGGACUUGCCCUCUGUCAAUAGGGCUGCACUCAGGAAACAUGUAGAAGAGCUUCAAAACCUCCAGGGAUCUAUGGCCACCAAUGAAACUCUGUUGGAGAUACUGAAGACUGAAGCAGUCUAUGUAGAGAAGACUCACUGCGUGGAGACUCAGCAGAUACGCUGGAAUAGUGUUUCACAGCGACUUGAAUCGGUGAUCCUGCGGUAUGAGACUGCCUUAGAGUUGUGGAGCAGGUUUGUCACAGUGCAGGAGGAGGUGCGUGUGUGGGUGGAGUCAAAGAUCACCCUUAUCGUUACCCUUCAGUCCCGUGGCAUCUCGAAUGAAGAACGGUCCCAGAUUCAGGUGCUUGUGGGUGAGGCGGCCUGGUCUGGAGAGCGGGUGUCCGAGUUGAGGCAGUUGGCUCGACAGAUCCAGCUACAUGUGGCAGAAGACUCAGCCCAGGACACUCCCCUCGUUGCUGAAGUUGAGCGUCUAGGAUUCAGAAUUACCAACCUUACAGAGGCCAUAACUCAGCUCAGCAGCAACUUGGCACUACAGGUGGAUGCAGAGGAGCAGCAACAAGAGGAGGCUGCUCUGAAAGAACUACAAGCUGGCAUCAACGGAGCUCAAACUCUGUUGGCACUGCCAGAACCUGGGGUCCAAGAGGCAGCAGAAAGAGCUGGACAGCUGCAGGACCAGCUUGUGGCUUUAGGUGGCUCUGGUGGACCCAUUAUUGAGAGUGGUCCUACACAGGUGGUAGAGGCUUGGCAGAUUGCAGUUCGUGACACACAUUGUCGUUAUGAACAAGUGGUGGCGGGUCUCGGUGGUGAUGAUGAACAACUUGCAGCAGCAUUAACCACCUGGAAACAGUAUGUGGAUAGUGUGGAGGCUGAGAUGACUGCACCAGCCCCAGCCUCACGCGAAGGUCUACACGAAGCCUCUCGCCUGUGUCAAGUUCACCGUUCCAUCCUCACCACGCAGACCAAUGUAUUGCAGACUCUUCAGGAACAAGCUCAGCAGGAAGAUGCUGCUCCUCGAAUUAAAGACCUACAGGGGCGUCUCCAUGAACUGAUUCUACGACACAAAACUGUUCUUACCACAGUAAGUGAACGUGAGCAGAUUCUUCUUAAGACCAUUGCCACGUGGGAGACGUAUCGAGUCAAAGUAGCUCAGUUGCAAACCUGGAUAUUGGCCCUGGAGCAAGAAAAGCAAGGGCUUCAGCUAAGACAGGUUGCUCGUAGACGACUUGAAAAAGUAAUUCACAGAUUACAGUCCUUGCUAGAGCAGCUGUGUCGAGGAGAAGAGCAGGUAGAGGAUGUUGCAAAACUUUGCCAGAAAUUGGUGGCAUCCUGUGACCCAAGUAUACACUCCAUCCUGAAGGCAGAACUGGCAUCCCUCCAGCAGCGUGUGACCAACAUGCGUGCUGGUGUGGAAACUUGGCUGAGUUACCUCAACAGAAGUUCUGAUCUGUGGCGACGCUAUGAGGAAGUUUACACCAAACUCAAUUCUAUCUUAAGUGAGCUACAGGCAGGAUUAUUAGCUGAUUUGCCUUCUGAUUUCAGCAGUGUGCAAGAAACUAUCAAGAAGUAUAAUGAAACUACAGCUUCACUUGAAGCAUUGAGUGGGGAUCUGUCAUUGCUAAGAACCACUCGUGAAGAGAUGGUAGAUUCACUAACUCCAGCUGAUCUCCGUUUAGUAACCCAAAGGAUGUGGCGUGUCACUCAGUUACAGGCUGAACUUCUUCAUCAGUACAGGCUCAGGAUUAGCACUUUAGAAGAUAGACUGGAGUUGUGGCAAUUGUAUGACACCAGAUACCAGCAGUUCCUUACUUGGGCUAAAGACAUGGAGGCCAAGAUUGAUGGUGGCUCUGAACAGUACAUUGAUACUCUCAUAAGGAAGUUGGAACAUGACUAUCAAGAAGAUAUCAACUCUAAGCGUAUUGAAAAACUUUGGCUUACAUCUGAAGGUGAAGAAUUAAUAUCCUGUAGUAAUGAAGAUCAGGCAGCUGAUUUGAAAGUAAAGGUUGAGAGCAUUGAGACAACAUGGAAACAUAUCCACGAUAAAUGUAACAGCAGAAAGCAAAAGCUUCAAGACAUUGUUACCACUAUCAACAAGGCUGAGGUCACCUUAGCUGAGCUCAAAGAAUGGCUCUUCUUAAUUGAGAAAAAGCUGUCAAGUCCUGUCAUCUUCCAGGAGAGUUCUAAGAAAGAAAUAGAUCGUCUCUUAGAGGCAGAAGAGGAGGUUCGAAAGGAGAUUGAAAAACAGAGUGGAACCAUUUCCUCUGUCUUAAACCUGUGUGAUAUGGUCAUUCGGGAUUGUACAGAGUUUGAUGCUAACGGUGACACAGACUCCCUGCAGGAGGCUCACCACAACUUGGAGAGGCGAUGGGGUGAGAUCUGUACUCGCUCUGCUGAAAGAAAAGUAUUCAUCAAGAAAACUUGGAAAAUGUGGCAGGAACUGAUUGCAGUAAAUACCUCCUUUGUAUCAUGGCUAACAGCAAUGGAGUCCAGAGUAAAGAGUAUAUCGUCAUCCUCUACUCUGGUACCAUACAGUGCAGUGGAGGAGAGGAUAGCCACAGUUCAUGAGCUACAGCCAUUGAUACAUGACCAAACGCUUCAGUACGAAAAUCUUAACCAGAACUAUCGAGUGCUUGCUCGGCCUUACGGGAGGGAAAACGGAUUGGACCAAAAGAACGAAAUCCGAACGAUGGUCAAGACCUCCAAUGCAAGAUUCCACAUUCUGAGUUACCGUGUUACAGUCAUUUUAAGGCGUCUUAUGUAUAGUAGAAGGUUGUAUGAAGAAUUUGAAAAUACAAGAGAGCAACUAAUGUCAUGGCUCAAUGAUUUUGAUCUUAAAAUCUCAGGAUAUGAACAUCAGUCACAUGCAGACCUUGAGUACAAGAAGAGGGCUCUUCUGGAACUUGUUGCUGAAUAUGAAAAGCAUGAAAAGCCCCUAAAGGACUUUGACAACAUGAUCACUUACCUGUUCCAGAGAAGUUGUAAAUCUGAUUGUCUCAUCAUAGAAGAAAGCCUCGCAGAGUACUGGAUAACUAGGAAACUCAUUCACAGUCGACUUUUGACUCUUCAAGAGGCUAUCGAAAUUGAUAUCACUCAAAUCACAACAAUCACCACCACCACCACUACCCAGAUACUAGAAACUACUCGGGAGACAAUGAGACUCUCUGAAGAAAGAUCUAUACCUGACCAGGAUGAUGAUGACUACACAGUAACUCUAAUGUCAGAUGCAGAGCUCCAGAACUUAGAACCAACCCUCAGUUUAACAGACAUGUCUCUGAUUGGUGCUGUGGGUGGUAGAUCUUUGGCUGUAGAGAUGCGGGUGGCACUGGACGAGAGCAAGAGACUUCUAGCACAACUGGAAGAAGCGUUGAAGUGCCCCACACCACAGGGGGCUGAAGUUGACAAGAUGUACUACUCCUUUUCCAAGCAGUUAGCUGGUUGUCGAUCAUCAGUGGACCUGCUGAGCUCCCUGGUCCAACACACUGGCGAUGACAGCGAAGCACGAGAACUUCACCCUGAAAUAGAUGCCGUUAUUGAAGAAUUUAAACAAUUAGAGGUUCUUGCACAGGCCAAGCAACAAAGACUAAAAGAGAACAGCGAGACGUCUUCCUUGACGUGCCCGCUGUGUUGCAGACGCAAUUGGCAACAAUUUGAAAAUGAUAUGUGGCGGCUGGAGCAAUGGUUAACUCAUGCUGAGGCCACCCAAUCAACUCAACACAACCCACCUACACCAAUGGAGCAGCUGGAGGAAGUUGCCCAAGACCACAGGGAGUUCCUCAUGGAUCUUGAUGGCCACAAGUCUGUGAUUAUGUCACUCAACGUCAUCGGCAAGCAUCUGGCAGAACACACUCGUGAUAAGCGUCGGGCCACACGGGUGAGAGACCGUCUAACUGCUGUCAAUCAGCGAUGGGAAGCAGUAUGUGCUGCAGCUUCUGUGUGGCAGGCAAAACUGCAGACCACUCUUAUGGGGAAUGCAGAAUUCCACACCACUAUUACUGACCUGCUUGCAUGGACUGACACAACAGAAGAGAAUCUUUUGAAGAUAGCAGCUGAAGAGGACAUGGAAGAAACAGCUCUGCGUGAGCGCGUUAGUCGUGUUCUCGACGUGCGGGCGGAGGUUGAGCGGUGUGAGCCACGUGUAGCGUCCCUGCACGAUGCUGCACAGCACCUUCUCCCUACCCAACAGGAUGACCAAUGCGCAGCUGUACGCGAGCGACUUGCACUUCUUGCGCGUCGUCUUCAGCUGCUGCGUCAGAUGUGUUCUCAGCAUCUGACUCAGCUUUCUCAACUGCUUGGUCAGGACUUCACAAGCUCUUUGGCAUCACUAGCAUCUUCAGGGCUGUACGAGUCUGCCGAGUUCUCUUUCUCGCGGCCAACCUCACCCAGCUCCCUGACAGCGAGCUUCCAUUCUGAUGCUCAUGACGGUUUAGUUGGUGAUGGCAGUGAUGAGGGCGUUGUCCGACGCUCUUACAGAUUCCUGGGGCGUGUGAUGCGUGCUGCCCUCCCCAUCCAGGCCCUUAUGCUACUCAUGCUGGGAGUGGCCACACUAGUCCCCACCUCUGAAGACGACUAUGCCUGUAGUCUGGCCAACAAUUUUGCUCGCAGUUUAGACCCAAUGCUGCGAUACCCUAAUGGGCCACCACCAUUCUAAGUUCCAUACCUUACUCGUAACUCCAAAAGGAGUCUCCCGUCUUCCUAAGGAUCUGCAAUUCGUGAUACAGUAGCUAUGUUAACCAAACGUGACUCCAAAAAAACUCCUCAAAAUGUCUAAUUAUUCUCACGUGACUAUAUAUAAAUAUAAAUAUAUAUUAUACUGUUCAGCUUACAGUCGCAUCUUGAUUAGUUUAGUGAGGCUCUGAAAAUGGUCAUAAUGUUUUAAUCAGUUUGUGGCUUAUAAUUAUAUGGUAAAGUUGUUGAUUUUUAUCAAGUUUAAUAAUAUUAAAUGGUUAUAAAAGUUCCUUAAGUAAGUGCCCGCCGUUUUAAUUAGAGAUGAAGGUAACUGAUAAGCUUCAUCUUAUUUUUACAUAAUUCUUUGCCCAGGUUAAGGAUGCAGUGUUGUCUUAUUACUGUGGACUGCAUAUAGUGGAUGAGAUGCUUACUGUAGUAAUCCAUCUGUACCCAGACUAUACUUGACUAUCCCAACUAUGGAGAUCACCUGGUGCUAUUGUCUGAACACACUUUGGUGUUGGUGAUUCUGAAAGCUGUUGCAGUACUGAUGAGUAGUAGGUGCUAUAAGAAUUUAUCAUGACUGAGAAAUGAAAGUGUUAUAUUACUAUUUAAUUGAAAAAUAGAAAUAAUGUAUUAUUGAAUAUAUUAUACUUAAUUAAUGGACUCAGGUUGAAGAGUUGGUUAGUAAUUUUAAGAGAACUGGAAGUGGUGAUAAUGUGGUGUAUAGGAGUCGUUCGGUCAUCAUUGGGUGAUGUUGUGUCAUCAUCUGUUGGUUACUUGGAUCACCCACUUGAUCACACUCUAUCAGCCAAUGGUGACAAGUAAGGCAUCUGUAGACAAAUCCACUUACUUAGGUGUAUAAAUCAUUAUCAGUCAUUUGUGAUAAGUGUUUAUGCCCAUUGUUGGAGCAUUAUAAGGUUAUGGUUUAGGCAUUUGAUAUUUGGAUAUUGAUUUAUGAAUAUUAAUUCACAAGGAAAGAAAAAUAUUUUCAAUGUACUUAGCACUGAUAUUUUUUAUCCUGACAUGACUACAUUAAUAUCCCUGUACUGUACAUAUAAUUUCCUUUCUUCUUUUUUUUUUUUAAAUAUCCUUUGCAAGUUCAUAUUUUAUCUUUUCCUUGUGUAUUUUUCGUCUUCAGUGCCAGUAGUAAGGACAAGGCAGUGCGGAACAGUUGGUUAGCGUGGAACCUGACCAACUGUUUCUCAUGAGAGGUGGAUCUUACAGAUGACAUAUACUAUGACAAAACUUCCUAAUGGACAGUGAGCUUAUUUACUUGUGCUUUUUCGCGGGGGCACAGAGAUAGUGAAGCUGUUAUCUGUGGGGUCCAGUUCCAGCACUGACAUACAGCAGUCUACUACUUGGUAUGAAGGUGCAGCACAUCUUGUAUGAUGAAAUGCCUUCCUAUCUUUUGUAUUAAGUCAUUGUCAGUCUUUAUUUUUAUUUUUUACUUUUUUUUUUAGUGUAGGGUCAAAGCUUAUUCGCUUGAAUGCUUCCUGAUGCAAAUUAUUUGGUUUGGCUGGCCAGGGAAGAUUUUUUAUGUGGAUAUAAAAUAAAGAUUUGAUGGGUCAUAUGUUGAACUUUAGUGCCUGAACUAGAUUUACCUAGUUUGUGCAGGCUGUGACGUUUGUGCCAUAGAUAUGUGACCAGCCAAUAGGGAUUAAGAGUGCUAAUGCCUAGCCAAUCAAAAAAUUUUGCCCAGUCAUUGGGGAACAGAAAUGCUAAUGCCCAGCCAAUCAAAACUGCUUUACCACCAAACCAUAGCAGCCUCGGACUUCCAUCCACUAGCAUCGCUUUCGCCAGUGUAGCAGAGCACGCGCUGAGGGCAGUCGUUUAUACCAUGGUGUGAGUUCAAUUCAUACAAAUAUAUGUGUUCUUAUA